GUGUGUGGAAAACUCUCAUGCUGCUGUUUAUAAUGUCUACAAGAUCAUUCUGCUAAAUUAAAUUGAUUCAUCUCAAUAGACUGUUUGGGGGUCAAACAUUGCGAUCUCCCUCCCACAUGCAGCUCCCACACACCACCUUGUGACACUUCUCAAGAGUGUCUUUUUGCAGCUUCCACACACUACCUUGCCUACCAUCUCCAUCUGCUGCUGCUCCAGCAUGUGUCCUUGCCCUCGCACUAUUAUCUACACUUCUUUGCGCUCAUGUGACAGGGUGAGGUUUAUUUGCAAAUAAUAUUAUCAGUAGGGGAGAGUGGGGUAGGAUGAGCCAUUUUUCAUAUAUGUAUGGGGUAAGUUGACCAAUAACAGUCACUUUUUCACAUUCAUGUGUAUUUUUAUCUAUUAUACGCUAUUCAACUGGUACAAUCAUUUUCUUUUUAUUAUUAUUGCAAAUAACUGCUAAAAAGCUGUUUUGUAAAAAAAAAACAAAAAAACAUUUUAACAUGAGAAUGUCUUUUAAGUGAUUCAGAACAUUCACAGCUGUAUUUUUGAAAAGAAAAAGUAACACAUUUCAACAAUCUGAACUGAAACUCUGAUCCUCUCAUCAGACUCCUUUACUUUCUCAGUUGAGUCACUGGCUCAACUUACCCCAGAACUACUAUGAUGCCUUUAUUGGUCCUCUAAGCUAAAAUGGUGGACUUUUAUGCUAGGUUUUUGACCUCAUGUUGUAGCUCAUAGAUACCACCAUUGAUGUAUAAAACAAAAUUAAAAUAAUCUUUUUUGGUCUGAACUAGGGCUGAGCAAUAAAACAAUAACGAUAUAUAUCAAGAAUUUAUUUCCCUCAAUAUCAAUAUAAAACAUGGUCAAUAUGCUUUCCCAUAGACUAUACAAAUAGCCAAUAAAUGGUCAGCAGCUAAAACAGCCGACCGUGAAGUCCGCUUUCUUUAGCGCAACACCUUACGGCAAAACAUUGAAGGGACACAAAGACCUUACAGAUACAGUAGCUUAUUGUAUUGCAAUACCCACCUUGCAAGACGGAGCGCUACCGCAGUUCAUUCCUCCCUUCUGCAGUAAGACUUUACAACGAACUGUAAUAAUAACUGGAUUUACACCACCACUUUUUUCUGGCAUUUAAAUUGUGUAUAUUGUAGAUAGUUUUAUUUUUAUUUUUCCUUUCUUCUCCCUUUUUCCUUUUUCUAAAUUUUUUAUUACAUUUAUUUAAGUUCUUAAUAUUGCCAUCUUUAUUUUUAUAACUGCAUUUUUGCACUCUUUGUCUGUGAUGCUGCUGUGACAAAAAAAAAUUCCCCCAUGGGGGAUCAAUAAAGGAAUAUUCUAUUCUAUUCUAUAUUCUAAAAGUCAUGCUAUCAAUAAGCACUGUUAAAUUUCUUUUUUUUAUAUAAUGAUAUAUAUCAAAUCAUAUGAAAAAAAUUUUCAUGAUUAACUUUUUCCCAUAUCGCCCAGCCCUAGUCUGAACGCAAUUCUAAUAAAACUUGUGACAGACUAAAUUCACUUUUAAGAGUGAAAAAUGUUUUUUUGUAAAUAAAUGUCUAACCUCUUCACCCAUGUGCUUCUAACCUUCACAGACUUCAUGAAUUGAUGCCCAUCUCCUAAAUAUUUGGUCACAUGAUCAAUUUCUUCUACCAUUUCCAAGCAACAGGGGGGUGGAUCAACUUACCCUUUGGCUCAACUUACCCCACUCUCCCCUAUUUCUUUAUCAUCCUCGAAAGGGUCAUCGUCAGAUGGACCUUUAAAUGAACAACAGACGUCGCUGUCUGACAAGGUUUCUCGGUCAGACUCAGCCUCCUCGCUGCGUGACUGUCGCAUUUGUCUUAACCGCCAGAGGUCCCUGGUUCCCGACUUUUGGGAGCGCUCGUGCUUCCUGCUCAUUAAUAUCUGGCUGACACCACCACCGACGCCCCCUUGUGCCACGCCACACCAACUUGGCAUGGUAUCGGCUCCGCCGGCUGUAGCAUCACCGAACGGGGAGGGGCCUUGGUUUUCUCUAUUGGCUGCUGCUGUACUGUAUUACCGUCAGCUUUACGGUAGGGCAGCGGCAAGGAUGUGCGCAAACGCUGCUCCCUUUAUCUCUCAGACGCGCUAAGUCUGUCUGUUUUCAACAUGAUUUUUCAAGGAGUGUAGCUGGGCUUGUUUAUAUCACUCCUGGAGCAUAAAACCACUAAACAGCGCGUUGUUUGGACAGAAAACAGAUGCGCCCGGAUGCACGCGGAUACACUGUGCGGACACCGCGAGAGCAGGAGAGGAGCAUGUAACCGGGAGACACGCACCGGCGGCGGCACUACCUGACUCCUCUCUCUGCGCUCCUAUUCCCCUCGUUGUUUGAGGCUUGUGGAUGUGUUGACCUGACUCUGCUCCUUAACUUGGAUAUUAUCUUUAGCAGGAUGAGCGAAGAAGUGUCUGAGGUUCCCAAGGACCUGCUUGGUAAGGACAGAAAUGAAUGAUUUGUAUCAUUUAAGCUGAAACAAUCACUGUAAGACUCAUGUUUCACCAUGCAGUGUGCACUAUCCUCAGUGAGUUUGCUAGUGGCUAUGCUGAACUGAGCUACAAUGAAGAAGCAUACAAUGAAUAUUUUAAGGCCAUAAAUUAUUCUGGCAUGGUCACAGUAUUAAUGUUAUCAAUGGACACAGUAUUGAUGCAAUCCAGCUUCAACAGGGACGGAUUUAUUUUAAAUUCUAGGUGCAAAAAUGUGUCUUAUUUUAAGCAGCAUCCCCAAACGCAUUUUCAAACGGUCAAACAAUCAAAACCCAAACCGGCUUUGUGCUGUGAACUCCAAAUAUUUAGGGCUUUAGCUGCACCAGAGCUUGAAGCAGUGUUAAGUCAUGAACAUUGGGCUUUUACUGUUGAUGUUUUGCGGACCCUGGCCUGUAUUACAAAGCUAAAUAGUUCUGAUAUGAAUAGCCAGCCUGUUAUAGUUCACAGAAAUAUCCCCCCAUAAGGGACUUGGUUAGGUAGUCCUAUUUUCUCUCCAGUUUGCCCACUUUCCCUUGUGUUUUAUUUGCAUGGAUUGUAGACAUACACACACCAUAAAGUCCUGCAGGCUGCUUGACUCAAGGCCAGGGUUUCUUUGUUUGGCAAAGUCGCUCAGUUUUUGACACCUUAGUGCAAUGUUAAACAAGCACAAGCUUUGUGGACACACUUAAACCUACAGUGGUCUUUUGGCUCAGGCUCUUCUGAAUCAGAGACACAAAGCCAGCUGCAGGUUGUAGAUGAGACUUACAGGAAAAUGCCAGGUCAUGUAGUCACAUGGUCUGGCGUCCAUUCAUUCACUGAGUCAUGGAAUUUCUCAGUCAAUUAGUUGCCUAUUUGAAAAUAUUUCUGGUUGUGUUUAACUUUAUCUCUGUGGACUCACUAAGUAUGUCUCAUUCUUUUCUGUUUUUUUGUGGGUAGUUUUUGCACUUAGCCUAAAAGUAUACAUUUCUCAUUGCUCAAAUCUUUCCUUACAACUUUUGGGGCUCCAUUGUUUUCACCUUAUUCCACUUAGUCAGUAUAAUAUGCUCUAUAUUAAGCACCAGCCUGUCCUCACUACAGUGUUUGUGUUGAGUUAUAUGUCUGAAUCUUAUUCCAAACCUAGUCUAAAAAAGCCUGACAGUGUCUCAUCCUGUUUGAAAUGGUCAUUUGAUAAACAGUUUCAAAGGUUAAGGCUAAAAUCUUUGUCAUGAAUAGAUGUUGCAAGAAUCAUUCAGAUUGACUUAAACCAUGUUAGUAAGACUACUUUCAUAUUUUCGUCCCCAUAUCCUGACAAAUUUCCCAAAUUUAGCCUAUCAAUUUCCUAACACUGCACAUUAUUUCUGUCUGUCAUGUGGCUACAUGGUGCUGAUAACCAGCCAUUGUCUUUUGGUGAAUCAGCAUCAUACAGGAUGAGGAGAGUCAUAAAAUGCCUCAGGAUGAACCUUCACCGACAGAAUUGUCUUUUUUACUACAACAGUGGAGGUGUUUAACUAUGCUUUAGUGACGAAUGAAUUUUUUAUAUCCCUGAUCUUUGGGAAAAUGAUGAGCACAGGAUUAGAGGAAACUGCAAAAUAAUUAGUGAUUAUUUUACAAAAGGGUUUAUAGAUCAACAAGGCAAGCAGUUGAAGCAGUCCUCAGAUAAAAUUAUGCUAAUGAAAUGGACUGAACUACAUUUUUGAUGCUUUCCAUUAGGACCAUCAGCAACAAGAUUGAUGAAUUUGAAAAUUAUAAUAUUUGAUGCUUGAAACCAAUGAGAGGGGGUAGAUGUCAGCCAAGCAGCUCCAGUUUAGAUCCCCCAUAAAUGUGAUAAUCAAGACUGAAUGUUAUUGUGCUGUCUGCUGUGUUCCCUCACUAUGUCCUAUACACGGAUUGAGGUGUACCAUCCCUCUCUUCCCUUACAGCAGGGCGUGGAUGUUGCUCCUCCCCUCAAACAGCUUUCACUUUUACUUCAUCAUAAGCAGCUCAGAUCAAUGUGAAACAAAGUUUCUCAAUGAAAGCCACAACAUGAGGGAGUUGUGGCUCCCGCUAAGAUUAAAGGUGGACCACUGCGUCUUCAUCACGUUGUGCAACAGCGAUACAAACUACCAGGCAGCCACAGGUGGAGAGAGGAGAGAGGGGAACGGGAGGAACAGCUAGAUAAAGCCAAAUGAGAUUUAUGUUGCAAAAUAAUUUCUAGCAAGUCCACGACUAAGCUUAUCAGCAGUGUUGACCUUAUCAAGCGAAAACUCAGAACUUUUGACUGUCCAGCUGCUGCUGUGAGGCUGCCAUCCUCCUCUUCACCUAGGGCAGCCUCACAGCAGCAGCCAGGGUAGCACAUCCAGACUGUAGGGCAUGUACCUUCAGUUAAAAAUCAUAAUCAUGUUGAAUUCAAUGUUGAAAUCUGCCUUAAAAGCUGCAGGAUAAAAGUUAGCUUACAAACAAAGGUGAUAUUAUGAGAUGUUCAAGCUCAGGUUGGUAAAAUGACCAUUAAGCAAAAGUAGAUAAUAUGUUACAUCCAGAGGGGCAAAAAAUCUGUAUAAAUACAAUAUAGUUUGAAGGGAAACUACUGCAGAAAAGACUCAACAGCAGUGUUGUUGUUGUGUUUGUCUCUGCAGGAAGGGAAUUACGGAGAAAGGAAGUUACAACAGAGCAAAUCUUGUUUUUCAUUUUUUUUUUCAUUUUGUACAUCCUACAAAACCACAAAUGUGCAGUAUUGGAUUUAAUCGAUCCAUCUCACAGCCCUUGCAGUUUGCCGAUUUUAAACUGAAAGGCAGAGAGGUCCAAAGUUUAAGGGUUAGGGUCUAUAAACACUAAGCUUUCCUGGUGCGGGAGGAACAUUUUAAAGACAAGUGUCAGAAUCUGGACAUGCUGAACAUCUGUAAAUGCAAAACUGACUUCAUUGGAUCAUGAUUUAAGUCUAACCCUCUCUGUGUUUAAAUGAAUGAGCAGAAAAUUUGAAUUAAUUGAAAAACUUAGAGAGUCUGUCAGGAGCUUUUUUCAGUGGGGACUAAAACGCCAAGACUAAUUUAAAAUACUAGAAUUCAUUUAGCAUAGAAACCCACUGGAGACUUCUCUUAUGACUUACUGGGUGUAUAAAGGCCAUAAUCUCAGAAAUAGUGCAGAGGAGUUCAUUUAGCAAGGCUGACGAGAGAACCGCUUUACACUUUCCCUGAUUAUUAGCUUCACUUUGAUCUGAAGAUGGUUUGAGGAAGCCUGUAGGCAGGGAUACAUGCAUGGCAGUGCAGAUGUACACACACAGAAUCCCUCUGUGUCUCACACAUGUGCACAGACUGUAUCAGCUGCUGUGUGGUGGUGAAUGAGAACUAUGGAGAGGCAGCUGACCCAGAUCUGCUCAGUGGGUCAGUUACCUGCCGGCACAGGCCCCCUCUUGUGUGAAUGACCAAUUGGAGCAGCACAAUGCAAGUCUUAUAUGCUGCAAUGUCGCAACAGUGCUGGAGUGGAGUUCCGCCAUUGUUGCACCUUUGUACUAGGGCUGGAUGAUAUGGCCUCAAAUCAAUAUCACGAUAUAUUGAGCAGUUCACCUUGAUAACGAUAAAUGGAUGAUAACUAGUCCCCAAGCUGCUCACCUGUCCCACGUUAACUUUGUUUACUUCAGCCACAACAACUUUUGAACUGUCCUCCAUCUCCUCACCUGUCUUUCCCUCUUUGUUAUGGACUGGAUGGGGUGGAGUCACGUCUCUGACGUAGGACAGCGUCCUGAAGGGACAUGAAACCAUAGCCUUCCUACCCUCAUACAAAACCAACUUUCAUUUAUUUAUUUGACACUGAAGAUAUUGACAUGGGCAAACUGACGGCGGUUAUUGUUGUAAAGUUCGGUAUCUGUAAAUCUUCGGUUUAUCUCCCAGCCCUACUUUGUACUUAGCGUGUCAUUACACACUUCAUCAUGUCGUUCUGGGACCAUGAGAAGUAGGGCCCAACCGAUACGGACACUGAUUAACAGUGUAGCAAGGCUAAUAGCAGGUGGCUAACACUAACUUUGUAUUUCACAAACUAGUUUAUUUACCGUUGAGGCGGACCACUCUCCUCCAUGUGUCCCUGAGCUGCCUGCUUCAGAUCCAUCACUCUGCUGUGCUGUGAGGUAGUUAGUGGAUGAAGAUUGUCAUGAGGUCGCUGCGCCAUCUACAGGAUAAGUUUGGGAACUUUUGAAAUGGUGGAAAAUUUACGAAGUGAAACUGAAUCUUAUUCUCCGUAUUUUAUAUCUGAAAAUAUUGGCGAAAAUCAGCGAGUUUUGGCCGAUUACUGAUUAGUCUCAAACGGGCUAAAAUUGGCCGAUUUAAUCUGCUUGCCGAUAAAUUGGUCAGGGCCUAAUGAGAAGUUUGGCUUGUUGACACAUAGCAGGGGCUCCACAUAGACACACACUCUGUCUUUCAUGUACACACAGUAUUGUUUCGCACUUCAGAGGUGAAACAACUUCAACCUAUCAUUACACUUUUGUUUGUCACACAAUGCAGAUGAGAGGUAAGAGAGGCGUAAAUAUCCCACCUUGGAAUGGCAGUAUGCAAGUGCCUAUUCAGUCAGAAUAUCAACAAAGAGGUAAUUUUCAAACACUAACUUAUCUGUGAGUUAUUUCCAUGAAGUAAGUUAGAAUACUGGACCAAGAUUCAAAGAUUGAGACUUAUAACAAGGGGCUUUUUUGUCAAAGCAACUUGAAAAUCAGAGAUUAACUCUGACUUUUAACUUGUUAAAAGAACAAGCUCAAGAUUUAUAUUUGUCCAGUAAUACAACUAAAUGAAAGAUUUUUAUUUCCCUGAUCUUUAAGAUGAAAUCUUGUGCAGCAAGUCACGAAAAAGUGGGUCCUUUUCUUUUUUUAUUGUUUUGAGAGCAGUCGACAGAAUUAUCUGAAGUAAUGUCGCCUGAUUAAAUGGUUAUUCUGCUGGGAUCAGAGUUCACUCAUUUCUACAGCUCCAGGAGGACAAAAGCUGGAGAGACACGGUGACAAGCAAAGUACCACCAAAAUAAAUAAAAAUAAAAAAACUAGCUGGAACUAGAAAAUCCCAGACUACUUUAAGGGACAAAAUGUAGAAACUCUUACUCAGUCUCUGAUGGAUCUGUGUUGAGAAAACUGUCAGUUUUCCUGCAUCAUCUGUAAGAUUUAAUCACUGUUGUUUUUUUCUGAUUAUUCGUGGGUUAAUUGAACAACUGUCUGAAUCCUGUGAUUCACAGAUAUCUUCUGAAUUAGACUUACAGUCUCCCCUUUCUAAUCUCCUUUUUCUUUUCCUGUGUGCAGACAGCGUGAGGGAUGCAGUGGGGAGGAAGGUAAAGCUGUCAUUAAGGAAGAGAGUCAAACUGGAGAUCAAGGGAGACAAGACGGAGAACAGAGUGUUGGUAAGUCUACCCUUGUUUUCAAGGUAUUUCUCUACUGAAGGAGAGUGAAAUCUGUCUUUUUGUCUCCGCUCGAGAGAAAAAAAACGGUUCCAAUGGACAUCAUCAAAGUCUCUGUGCUAGAGAGACAUCCAUCAUCUUGCAUAACUUCACUACCCUGUCAUCAUGCUUUUUCCUGUUCAGUCUCACUUUGAUUUGGGAAAAUGGAAAGAAAAUCACCCUGACAAUAUCAUGUCUCAUGAGGUCCUAACACCUCUGUAAAGGAGACCAGCUGGGCAAGUGGCGGCACCACAAAAAGUCUUAUAAAACUGUCUCAGAAACAUUGUUAUCUCUCAGCCCUGCUGGUCUCUUUCAUUUUGAGCAGAUCAAGGAUUCCCACUGCUCUGAAUCUUUAAAUAAGGUUUUACAAAUGAUUGCCAGAAAACUGUAUCAUAUUCACUUCAUGGGAUUUUCUUUUUGGGGUCUAUGUAUGUGUGGCAGAGUCCAAAGACUCGUAUAUGAACUGACAAAGUUUUGCAGAGGGUCUGAAUGAUCGAAUGCCCUUUGAUUGAUCAGUGUCAAAUAAGGAAAUACUUGCCAAGGAGUUUAGCUUUAAGAAACUUUGACCAUGUUCUAUAGGUAACACCUCUUAUCAAACUAGCUUGCCGAUUUAAAUUGCAAUUCUAUGAUAUUGUCAAUGAAUGAUUAUGAUUAUGAUUGUCUACUGACUAUAAGAGGACCAUAUUUCCCCUAGAAAUAGACAUCACAUGUACGUCGGGUUUUACGAUUUAUUCUUAAAUUUGAAAAACAAAAUCGAUUUUUCUAACAAAAAAAAUGGAUUUAAAAAUUGUAAAACAAAAAAUCACAAUACUUAUGUGAAUCGGUUUUUACCUCCCACCCCUAGUAAGUAUAAAGAAUUAAGUAUGUUUUAAGUGUAUGUAUGGUGUAUCUAUCUAAAUAAUCAGUUAGCCAUCACAUUUGAAUUCUAUAUCUAAGAAAACAGAAAAAUGUUAAGAUUUUUUUAGUAAUUUAUGACAUUUAUCACUGAUUUUAAAGGGAAUUCAGAGUAAUUUGUUCCUCUAGAAAUCCACUCAGCUCUGACGGUGUCUAUUGACCAGGUGGAAAAAGCUGCUCAGAUCAUUAACUGCCAGCCACAGAGCAUUGAAUGCUGAAUUAUUAAUACCUGGUGGAUCAUUAAGAAUGCAUACUAGCUUUUCCUGGGCUUAAAACAGAUCACAAGCUAAAGAUAGUCGAGACAGAACAGUCCCCAGUGCAAAUCAGCGUCUGAGCAGGGUUCAUGAAGUUUGAUGGUUGAAUCAGAUGCUUUAAGUUGCUGUGAAGGAAUCUGCAUGAUGUUUAAUAGGCUAUAUAUGGAUGUGUAAAUAAUGGGAGCCUUUUAGUUACACAACUCUCCAUGGACUGAGAGGCUUUUAGCUCAACUGCUUAGGGAGGAAUAGACCAAAGAGAAGUUAGAAAAUCUUUGUAAAAGGGCCUGAAAAGCCCCAUUUUCUGCUUUGGGACUUCUAUAGAACAGUCAGCCAGGUCUGUGAACAUGUCUAACUUUAAUCUCCAGACCUUUGCAGUCACUAUAAGUGCUUGAAUAAAUCAUCGAGGGACAUGAGUUGAGGAGAGGUGAGAGACAAAAAUGGUGAGCUUCCCUGUUGUGUUCCGGCUUAAUGAUCGUUCUGAGGAGGACGGCCAGAGGAGAGCCACUUUAUGUGCAAAGAAAUCACACUUUACUGCUGAAGUAGUGUAAUCACUAGAGACAUGUUCAUACUUUAUAUUAAACUCUAAUAUACUCAAAUAUAAUUCAGCAAUAAUGACCAAAAGGGAUACUCUAGUAUUAUUUAACCAGUCUUAUUACACACAUCUCCUCUGUGUUGAAAGUGUGGGAAACACCACUCCAGCAAAACAAACAGGAGAAGCAGUUUAAGCCUCUUAAAACCUUUCAAAUAAACUUUCAUUUUACACAUAUCACUGCGAAAUCUUGUAUCUUAAUCCAAUCUAGUGUAAAUGAACAAAGUAGCUCUUUGAAUUCGCUUUAGUAGUUUUCUGUAAAUGGAUGUUGUUCUGGGCAACCUGCCAGUGUACUGUAUACUGUACUCCUUAUAAAUGACUUGUAUUCAGAGCAGCCACAGUUAUGGGCAUGAAUUAAGACAUGGAUUGAGGAAUACCAUAAAGAGGAAUAAUUUUUUAUAGGAUAAAUAGUGAUCUUAAAGUCGCUCUUAAGUUGAUAUGGUUUUCAUUUGUGUUAUUGUUUGGCCCAUGUAUCAAAAUUGCUGCUACCUCUUUGCAACACUAAUGUCUGUCAUAGACAUGAGUAUUCCUAACUUAAAGUUGGGUUUUAAAAGACUAUUUUUAAUAACCUUUGCUCAGUUUGGGACUACAAUGCCACCGUGUAAGGGCUAGAAACAGGAGCUACGAGUGUACAAAUUCAUACAGAACAAUGCAAAGAAGUGGGAGUGAAGAAUUCCUGUGGAGUGGUUUUGGUAUUUCAUCCCGACGCAGAGCAUGAGAAUGACUUGGUGAGUUUGUAUCAACGCUCCACUUAACCGCACUGAACAAAUAAACCUCUGUUUGUUGUUCUGCAGAGAAACAGGGUUUGAGUAACUGAUUAUGGAGGAAAUAGCUGAGAGGGAGCACAAACAUGUCAGGGACUUUUAGCCUGUGAAUGUUGUAUAUCUCAUGCAAGUCAAAAUGGAAAAACAGUACUGUGUAUAUUGUAUAUACAGUCUAAUUAGAGGUAGAAUUUGUUAUAAAGAGAUGUCAUAUUUAAAAUGGAAUUGUACCAAGCAUUUCAGAGGAUGUUAAAGAUUUCACAUAUGAAAGAUCACUGGUGUUUCAUCUCCUCUGAGACUCUGUAUGGAGCUUUUUGUAUUUUCAAAGUAACCCUGGUGACAUUCUCAGCUUGGGCCUGAAACCUCAAAUAUUUAAAGGAAAACAUGAGGUACAAACUGAGGGCAGAGAGUUGGAUGUCCCCUAGUCAAGGGGACUAACCAUCCAAGCUCUUAAAUUUCACUGAGGGAUGUGAGGAAGGAUGCAGUGUUUCAGAAGAUAAAAGUAAGUUGCAAAUCUUUCAUUUCUAAAUUGCCCGCAAGAUCUAAGAUUCAUAAAUCAAAUGACAGCAGUGUCAGGCAUUCAGUUUUAGCUAUGUUCACUUGAUUUUAAGUAAUACAGAUCAAAGAAGCAACAAAAUGAAAGCAGAUAAAAAAACGUCCUUCUUUAAAAAAGACAAAGACGGACAUAAAGCAGCGUUAUUGGAGACACCUAGUUACCAAAAGCAGUGAAAGCUCCAUAGCAUGUGGAAGAACAGUUAAGUGACACUAUUAAAAGUGACUAAUUUAACUGACUGAUUUAUUCUGCCUUCUUUGUCUGAGAGAGUAACACUUACCUUUGUUUAGAAUGUUAAAUCUUUGAACUUUGUUCAGUAUUAAAUCAAAAGAGAGAUCCACACUGUAUCAUUAACACAAGCCAAGUCCUUUUGAUUUUCUGUUUAGUGGAUUUCAAACAUCUAGACCGACAGAUGUCGACUGAAGACAGUUAUAUUGAGGUUGUGAUUGUCUCACUGCUCAACACAGAUUGUCUGGAAUAAUGGUUCCUCAAAUUCUACUUGGACAUUAUCAAUUGCUUUGAAAAAACGGUUAAGACUUCAGAUGAUUCUGCUGUUAACCACACUCAGAUGCUAUAUGAAAAAACAUGCCCUUUUAAGUUAGCUGUGUGCUGUUAAGGGUGCAAAUCAUGUUCAUUGUCAAGCGCACAACUCAUCUAUCUCUCACUGUGAUUUAUAGUCCAGAUUUAAUGGGAUAAACUGCCUUUUAUUGAACUUCUCUUGUCAGCUGACUACAGCCACAUACAACAAAGUGCUUGAUUUACUGGAGGCAGCACAGGGCAGCUUCCUCCACUGUGAACUACAUGUCUAAUGAAGGAAGGAAUAUGGGGAUUUCCUUAUCAGUUUGCUUAUCUGUCAAACAUACACAAGGCUGUCCCCUUUUUUUUUUUUUUUCCCACCGAGCUUCUCUUAGACUGGGAGUGGAGCUCUACAGUGCCCCAGGCAUCUCUUAAGCACACUAAAGCCUGACAGAUACAGUCAUCCACCUCCUUUGAAGACGGAGGGAUGAAGGAGGUAGAGAUAAUAACAUCGCUCCAUCAAACACACCCAGGGGAAGGGGAAGAGGGGGAGGAGGGUCGACGUAAGAAGAAGGGAUGAAGGGAUAGCAUAGACAUGAGGGUACAGGGCAGAGGGGAUGGACGGAGGAAAAGAGUCGUAAAGACAACCAGCUGUAUACUUAAAAAAACUCUGACAAAGUGAUGGAAAGAAAUGAGCAGUGAAUCAAUUUGAAACUUGAUAGAUUACAGUAUAUUGCUGUUUUUCCAAUACCAUCAUCAACUGAAAACUCAUGUGUCUAGCAGCAUAUCCAGAAGUCUGCUGCAGGGGUUAACACAUGAAAUUAACGGUCUCUUUUCUGACAUUUGUGAUCCCAAAACUUGUGAAACAGGUAAAUGUGUUUACUGCUCAAGUUAAUAUCCCCAAAAGUCCCUGAAGGAUUGGUGCAAAAUAUUUACCCAAAUUAUUGGCUCAAGGUGUCCAAAUACUACUGUGAUUUGUUUCCUCAUUACUUAUUGACCAGUUUGUUUGUAGUUUUAGAGAAACAGGAUUUGGUAUUAUUUUAACUUUAUUGCUUUCUGAUUCUGCUUUUCAAUUUCAGAAUCAUUACUCUUUCUUUAAGAUGGAUUCACAGAAAAAAAAAUCACACCGAGUCUCUGUAAAUAAAUAAUAGAAAAGUAUGACAACGGAAAGUUAAAAUAUAACACUAUCAACAAACAUAAUGCAUUUUCGAUCCCUAAACGCUGGUGACAACCUGUGAAGACAUUCAUUCACACACUGAGAGUGGGCAGCCUGGGUUCGACUCCACCCCUCAUGGUGUGCAGCUCUAUCCACUUUCCUGUCUUUCCUUAGUAAAGGCAUAAAAGCCCAGGAAGUAAACUUAAAAAAAAAAAGUAUAAGACACUCCUAUCUUGCUUCAUAUUUUGUGUUUGGUGCAUAUGUCGUGUAAAGCAAAUGUUAGCAUUCUAAUACAAUACAGUGUAAGGCAGACAUACUGAGUCCAUAAGCACUAAAGUUAGAUCAGGGGUAGACCGAGUGAAUAUGAUUACCUCAUGCCUGUCUAAACAGAUACAUUUUGGCUGAUGAACAGCCUGACUUCUGUUAGCUCAUAUUAUCAUAAUGCUAUCUGCUGUCCUAUUGUUACCCAUGAAUCUGUGUAACUCAUUCACAGAUCUGUGGCUUCUUUUUUAACCAGUGGCUCUGGAGGGCAGGAGUCCUGUUCACUUUCCUCUUGAUCUCUUUGAAUACAGCAAAGUGUUUGGGUGUGUGCCUGUCCUACCCAGUGACUGUCACCCGUAGUUUACUGCUUUAUAGCCUUUCAUUGUAUGCUUUGUACAGAGGAGGGACACUGAUACAGUCAGAUUACACAAUGUGACACAAAGCUACACAUCAACACAGUUAAACACAGAGUAGCACAGAUUUAAUCCCAAUUUUAAGUGCAACAUCACAGCAGCUAUAUUGAUCAGUGAUAUAACAGACUCUGAUAAGUUUACUUUGUUCUUAACUGUAGCUCAAACUAAAAUCCUCCUCUGGGAUUUGAGUGUUCACACAUUUCUUGAAAUUCCUGCUUGUAACUCAAUAUCCCUCCACAUUAAAUGUCCCAAAAUGACAAAAGGUAAAAUGGCAAACUUGCUGGAAAAUUAGUGAAACAUAAUAGUAGCCAUGAAAAUUGAUUUUUUAGUGUCUUUUUGACAUUUAACCCACAGACAAUAUGCAUAUAUAUAUUUUUUUCCUCCUAUGAAUUAAACACUGUAAUGACAUUUUGUUUGACCAGGUUUGUUUUUUAUCUUUGGAAACUGCAGGACACAUUUACAGAUGCAUGCUCGAUUUUGUGUUGAAGUCCAUUAUAGUUAAAACACCUUUUCAAUUCAUUGAAGCCAUUACUCUUAGUCGAGUCUAUUAAAAGCUGAUUUUGAAAGCAGGAACUCUAGCAACCCUCCUGUACUGUAUUUUCCUUUAAACCUGCCGAGUGUCCUUGAAUGACUCUGCUGAUAGCCACCAGAAAAAGUAAAAAAAAACUGGCUCUUAGUCCAUUUCAAUUAAAAUAGAUUGAAUGGAGUUCCAGUAGAAAGCUUGGACAUUUCCAAGUCUAACAAAAGUACACCUUAAAAAGCCUGAAUAAUUGUAUCUCAGCAUAAGUGAAGCAUUUGCAGUAUUUGUACUCAGUGUGUUUGUUAACUGAUCAUUAAUCCAGCUUUUGAAGUGUGGGCACUUCUCUAGCACUGAAUGUACUCUGAUGGUUCCUGAGGAAUAUUUCAAAUAAGAGAACAGACCAAAGCGCAGGACCUCAGGCGUUUUUUGUUCCUGCCAUCUUCAUUUUCUUUUCCUAGACCUGGAGGUCUGUCAUUAAGGGCAGUGAGAAAAUGGAAGUGACCCAGUUCUAGUCUCCCUGAUGAUCACCUUUAAUGUCCUCUCCCGGGAACCAGCGGGAAAACCUCACAUUCGUCAUGUACUUAAAACUUUUCCUUGAAGGCUGUAGAGCAUAUUUGUCACAUUUUGUAUUCUCUUUGAUAAAAGUGAUGGUACAUCGUCUUUGCUCUAGGCCUCCAAACUUUUUUCAAGACUUGGUAGCUUCUCAACACAGAGGGAUAAAAAUAACUCUGAUUUUACAUUUGAAGCAUUGCCGGGGUUAAACCAUGGGGUUUCACAAAGAUUUGUCAUGUUUGACAAUGAGCGUUUCAUGUGUUUGCAACAGUCAUGAAUUGAUGUCAGGCUUGAAACAGUUAAUCAUACAGAGCUCAUAUGUGUUGUGCUGCAGUGUGCUCUCUACAGUCUGUUAGACCUGGAACUGCAGUCAAGGAUGACCUGAUUAGAUUUGGUGGUUAUGGUUCAAGGGUCAAGACGAUUCUUGGCCCCAUUCAUUUGAACACAGCGUCUCAGCUGAGGAGCAGGAUUAGAGGGUAAAACAGGCCUGUUGAGCUUAAGCCAGGGUCACAAAGCUGGCUCUUUCUUAACCUGGUGUGAUCACCAUGGUAACUUUCUCAGUCUCUGACCUACUUACCAGGUCAGGAGUCAUGCAGUUAAAGAAACUCAGUCAGCAUUGCGUCACAGAGCCUGAGCAUUUUAGUCAUUUUAAUGAUUAUUUACUCUUAUUAUUAUUGUUCAUUUAUAAAGUUUAGUUGUUCCCUGAGAUCUUGACAUUAUAGUAGCACAAAAUAAACUUUGAGAAAGACGUAUUGUGUUUCACUCUUGGGGCAGUUGCAGUAUAGAUGUCAUGGUCUAGCCUUUCAUGAUGACUAGCUGAUUGUUUUUGUUUCUCUAAAUCCUCGGUUAAUUACCCCGCCAUAUAAGUAUAUUGUUAGUAUGCCCUACCUCUAUGUUAGUAUGCAGAGCCUGAGGCAGCCAAAGGUAAGAUUAAAAGAGACAAUUGGCACUCAUAUGCUCUGAAGACAAGUGUAGAAAGUGUGAGAUUGACAUGCUUCAGUAUAACUUCCUUGCUGUAAAAGAUUGCCCCGUAAAUAUAGGUCUGCUUUUGUCUUUGUUUUUGUUUUGUGGUUAAUGUGUUUGUUCAAAUACUCCCCAGCUCCCCAGUUUCUCUUUUUGAAAACCGAAACCUGACUGGCAAGCUGAGGCAUACCAUCAUGUGGUGGUCAUUUUAGCCUCUACAAACUCUUCAGUGUGUAUUUAUUUUUUGAAGAUUUGUGCGAGAAAGGGUCUGAGUAAAAAAACCACAGUGACCCUACAGCCUCUCAUGCCCUGCUUUCACAUUUGAGGUAGGGAAUUAUGUUGUAUUUACAGUAUGUGUCAUACUCUUGGUUUGGUGGAGUAAACAUGGAUAUAAAAACGCUGUUCUGUGCCCUUUAAUCAAAGUUCAUCUGUAGUUUAGAAGUAACCCGAGGAACUGUGGCAAUCAAGUCACAGUUUUUCUGUGGUGUAUAAACCUUGGCGCUGUCCUUAAUCAUCUGUGUUUUAUCAACUGAAUUUGAUUUAGCUUUACAGAUUGAUUGUAAAGUCCCUGUGCAGAGAUUUAGAAUGAAACUAAUACAGCAAUACCAGUGUAUGACCUAAGAGCAGGAACUGCAACAUAUUGCCCUCCUUAUUUGUGUCGUACAUUUUUUAAAGCUCCAGCAUGGAACAGUCUGUGUCCAUUUUAGCGCCCUCUGUAGGCAAAGUGGUAUUUGCAUGUCUAUUCCUUUAAAUGCUUUGAGACAAACAAUCUCUGCUGACUUUUGAUGAUCAAAGAUGUCAGCUGUUAGGGAUAUUUUAGGCGGUAAUUGUAAAAGCAGAGCUUGUUAGCAUUUGGAUAUCAUGAGAAGGCAUCGGUAUGAAUUUUAGUCUAUUUUAUUAAUGCUAAAAAUUCCUCAUAGGAGCUUUAAAGUGCCUUAUAUGAUUAUUACUUUGCUUAUGUUUAAUUUUCUCAAAGAAAACCUUCACUGGGAAUGAUAAUGCUGAAGUGAUUUUGGAUGACUAAAAUCCCUCUUACUUGGACUGCGCAUAGGAAAACAUACCAACAACAACACAGAGGAGUCCCAGCUGGCUGUGGUGUGGAUUUAAUUCACCUUCUCACUUGGAGCAGACUGUGUCAAAUUUAGGUCAGCCCAGCUGUGAAACAUCAGCGGUGACUGGUCCUCUCUCUCACAGAUCUAUAUUUGGAAUUUUAAGAAUUUAGUGUUCACUGCCUGAUAUAAUCUCAUACGCCUCUGCCUCAAAUCAAAUAUAGCAGCCUGCUUUCUCUUCAUGCUCUUAAAUAUGAUGAAAGAACCUGAAAAACACACUGCAGGGAUUCCUCUCAUUGUAAGGCUGAUUCACCGUGUCAUACUGUGACCACCUCAAACAGAGCCGUGUUUCAGAGCGCAGAUACCAGCUUAGGUUAUUCAGAGAGACUAAUUUUGGUACACUGUGAACCCACACUGUGCUGUCAGACCUUUUGAGGCUUUUAGUGAGUGGUUUAGUUGGUGUCAAGUGCUGAACUUACUUAACUGAAUGAGCUGGUUAAUUGGUUGAAAUUGUUGGCUUUUGUAUGUGUGUGUUGGGUUUCUCUUUGCAUUAAAUUUUUCAGUGGAUGAGGAGCAAGCUUCACUGGACUGUCUGCUAUCAGUUUAGCAAAGCAGCAGACAUGCAACAGCAAAACAUCCUAGAAAUUGUAAGGAAAAGACAGAUUUAAAGGGUACAUUUGCAUUAAGACUUCAUGCCUACACAAAAUCAAGAAUCAAAAGAAAAACAAAACAAAAAAACCAAUGAAACUCAUACAAAAUACAUGACAAGGAUUUGAUAUCAAUUUCCAAGUAAUCACCCAUAGGAGCAAAGAUUGGACUAGUAGACUGAAUACACUUAAAGACACAUUUGAUUAGUGAUAAAACACCAAACUGUCACUCCUACAGCUUUGAUUUGCUCAUUUUAAAAAAUAAAAGUCUUUGCUAAUAUUAGUUACCACACGUCCUAAACUUUAUUUAAGCAUAAUGGUUUUAAUUUACAUAUUCCCAGUUUAAAUUGAAAUUUUAUUUACUAACAAUCUGUCCCACUCCUUGUUUACACUAGUUUUUGCACAUCCCAGGCAGCCCUGUCAUACAUAUUCUCAUAUAUUUAAUCAUCUGUUAAUGCUUUCACUCAGUAUUUUUACAAUUUUGCAUAUUUUGUGCAAUGACUGCACAACAGUUUUCCUUAGAUGUGACAGUAUUAUCUUCUUAUUCUUGAUCUAAAUGGCAUUACAUCUUUAGAUUCAGUGACUUCCACAUUUUAUAAUUGAUGAUAGAUAAUGUAUAGGCUAAUAUUUUCAGUUUGGCUGUUCCCGGAUCAAGGUUGAACUUGCCCAUUCAACCUGACUUUCAAUCAGACUCCCCAUGUUGUACUCUCAACACUGGUGAAUGUGGAAUUUUAUUAUUACAAGGCUUAGCAUGUUCUCAGCCUACAGUGCCCCACAAAAGCCUCCCCAGAGAGACAUUAAACAGCUCUGUAGCUUGGGACCAUGCAAGUCCCGCCCACAGUUAUUCAUCUUCAUUAUCUGAGAGGUCAGGGUCUUUGUCACCUACAUGGUCUUGAUAAUACCAUUGACUCCUCCCUGAGGUUACUUGAUUGGUUUUUAAGUCAAGAGUUUACCCCCAACUUGUUUGUUUUUUACAAGAUCAUAUGUGGAAAAUUAUCUCUUGACGUGUCUUUGUUGUACUUUAAAUCUGCACUCUUUGCUAAAUACAGAUAUGUUGAACUGGUCUUGUCCUAUCCCAUAUGAGUCUUAUUUGGUCUUUCUGUGUUGAGGGUAACAGCUAUGAGGUGUUUCAGUGCUGCAGCUUGGUUUACUAAGUGUUAGUCUGCUCUCAUUGGAUAUAAUACAAUGGGGUUUAUAGGUCAUGGCAGCAGUUUACAUUGAUUGGAUGACAUUUGUAGCACCACGUUAUCGUAAACAGACUCAAAAACAAUCAAGUCUGGUCAAUAGCAUGUUUCGUGUCAACACUUCACAGAGAUAAAAUGAGACAACUCUCUUUUCCACAAAGGCUAUCCUGUUUGUUUACUGCAUUUAAAGUGAAAAAUUGUCUGUAUGUAGAUCUUGGGGAUUGUUAAGGUUGUACGUUUUAACAGAUUGAUCCAGAUCAGCGUGAGUGCGAUAUCAGACAGUGUGUGUCUGCCUUCAAGGACUUGUCACAGACAUUUGCUGGCACACGUGCAGCGUUUUUCCGCAGACCUGCACUGACUCCUGUGGUAGCGCUGUCAUAUGCUUUUGCCGCAUGGUUGCUUUUUAUGGCGUCCUUGCAGUUGAUGUUGCAUUACGGUUUUCAUCUCUACCUUCUGCAAACUGCAGACCUCCCACCUUUCCAUCCAUUGUUCUUUUUUAUUGGAUUUCAUCGUAUUGUGAAUUUAUAGGUUGAGUGAAGUUUAAAGUGCUGGGAGCGGGUUUAAAUCUUGUUUAGAUCUGAUAUUGUAAUAGACACACCCUCCUUUUUACCCUUGUUGUUACUGUGUUCUGGGUCUGAGUGUGCAGGCGUGUGUGCCUGUGCUCAUCUUGAGAAGGAAUUCUGACAGAUCAGCAGUAUGAUGGACUGGGUGUUGAUUUUUUUCAUUUAUUUAUUUUUUUACCCAAACCCAAAAAAUUGAAUACCCUUUUUUAAAACUGAGAAUACAAUAUUGAACUGAUCACAUAAGCUUUAAUUUGUGGUUUCCAUAUCUUCGGCAGGUUUAAAGAAACACCCCAGUUCUUUAUUUUUCACUGCCAAGUCUUUUGUCUGUUGUCCGCCAUAACCUCACGAGCGCCGCCAAACUGAUGCCAAUUAAUCUGAGCGCAGCUAGUUACCAGCUGAUGCAACCACAGUGUAAAUGAAAGGUCCAUACACACACAAUCAUAUCUGAUUUGUCUUGUGUUCACAUGUGGAUGAAAGUGAAUGGUGUGUAAAAUUUGCUCUUUUUCAUUACAAAAACACCUCCUUUAUCACAGAACUCCUAUCCUUAUCUCACAGUGUCGGAGAACUAAGUGUCAUCUGACUAAUCCCUGUCCUAAGAUUGAGGACUGAUUUUCUUUCUCCCCUUAAAUUUAGAUUUUCAAAAGUCAUCUUAAUACACACUUUUACUCUUUGGCUUUCAAUCGCCCCUCACCAAACCAGCUCAGGUCUUUCCCCUGAGGUCUUAUAAUUGUGCUGGUGGUAACUGAUGAUGGUGGAUCAUGUUGAUGGUAAUGAUGGUAAUGGUAAAGGUAAUGGUAAUGAUGAUGAUCAUACUGUUGAUGUUACUACCACUAUUAAGGAGUAGUACAAUUGUUUGGAUCAUGGUCCAAGUAACUGUUAUUAUUUUUAUCUUUCUUGGUGUCAUCCAUACCAUAAAUUAUAUUUAAUUUCUUUGCCACUGCUCAGAUUUUUUUGUUUUAAUAUUCCUCUCUCUCCCUCAUUUGUGUUUGUUUCUUUCAUUUGCCUUUUGUUUUCCUCUGCGUGCUUGCUGUUAACUGUGUUGGGUUUCAAUAGCAAAAUAAAUAAAGUAGAUCUGAUUUGAUUUGAUUUCCUGAAACAACAAGAUUGGGAUUUAUGGUGCAGCCAAAAUUUGGAGUAGCUUCAGUUAUUGACACAGAACUUUGAGAUGCCAGCUUCUGUGCCUCACCACAAAUGAUUCCACAUGGGGGUCCUGCAACAAAAACCCAACUUCAGUCUUCUAUUGUUUGUAUCCCCGUUUGAUCCUUCUUACUGAUAUUAGAAAUACCUAAUCUUGAAAAGAGGAGAUCAUUCCUGAUCUCAUGUACACCAACAGUGUUCUAUCAGCUCAAUCAAUGUUCAGCACUGCAUGUGUUUGAGUGUGCAUUAUUAGUGCCGUCUGAUGUUAUCUAACCACUCCAGCGGGGAACCCUGGGUGAUGCCAACAUCAGUCCAAAACGAAAUCCCCCUCCUCCUCCUCCCUCCUUCGCUCCUCUUCCGCCCUGUGCCUUCUUUGUCUCUGGCAUUUCUCUUUUCCUCACUGUGCUUUCUCUGUAUUACCUGUGUGUGUGUCUGUGUGUGUGUGUACAAGUUCCUCUUCAACAAAGCACUUCACUCCAGUUUGAGGAGAUUUUCCACUUUUUCUUUGUUGCUUCAGAUGUAAAAAUAAUAAUCUGUCCACCUCUGUUUUCUGUUCCUCUCUCCCUGGUUUUUCCUCUUUCAUCUCUCUGUGGUCUGCAGUGAUAUCCUGUUUACCCAGAAACCUUGGCUUGCCAUCACAUAGCUACACACCCACAUCCACACCCAAACACACAUACACACAGGCACACCCCCACCCCUCCCCAUUGUGUCUGGCUGGCUGGCAUGCUGAUGAAUGAAUGAACCCCUGUGAUUAUUUCUUAUCUCUGUGACCUAAACACACACACUGGGUUCUUAGAGGACGCCCUGCAGGCUGAUUCUGUUCCAAGAGAACCCCCCCACACACACACACACACCCACCCACGCAAUCACUUUCACCAGAGUCCAGUCAUAAAUCCAAUUUUAGAUGGCACCUUGCCAGCCUGGACUAAAAUCUUAAUCUGAAAGCACAAAUCAUUUAAUCCCCCCGCCAGGCUCUUUGAGUCUCGGUCAUCUUUGAGGUGUAAGACACAAUUUGGAGGUGUUGACGGCGGGUUUCAUGUUUGUUAGUGGGGCAGUGAUACACAGGCAGCAUGCAAAGAUUAUAUGCAUAUCAGUGAGAUUUGAGCCACCUUAAUGAAUUGUACCCAUUUUACUGCAAAUGUCUUUGUUUCUUGUUUUAUUAUGAUUCAAUUUCAGCUCCGGACGGCUAUUUUUAAAGCUGUUCAAGUCUUUCCAUCUGUCUAAUUCUCAUCUUAUUUCUGAGCAGAUUGUGAAUAUUCACUGACAUGAAAAUUUCUCACUCAAACCAAAACAGUAGCAAUGCAAUAAAACAAAAAGACCAAAGCAUGAAACGUAUCAUUAUCAGACACCACAUUUAUUCACGCCUAAGCUUGCUGCAGCUGUGGUCUGAUAGGAGCAGCCAAUCAAAUCAUUUCAGGAAGCAACACUCUCGGCUGCCUUUUGUUCCUCACCACGCUCUCCUCCUCAGCAGUUAAACACAUCAUGAUGAGCAGGGCAGCGAUAAAACAAAAUUGAUGUCUCUCUCUAAAUGCUGUCCUUGGCUGCUGGUGCAGCUUUGAGAGGAAACACACUAUAAGGAAUCGGUUUUGCUCCAAAUUUGGAGAAUUUGGUCAUAGUUUGUUUGAUAAAGGAGCGGUGCCCCCAAAAAGUCAUGAGCAGAAUGAGUAUCUGACAAGUGCAAUUUUAGGAAUAUACCACCGAUGCAGUAAUUUAUUUGUUUUUUGUUUCCAUUAUCCUCUGAAUCCUUUAAAUAUUAAGCACUAGAAUUUCAGCAACAAAAAAAAUUAAAUAUAAAAAACAGUAGGCCAGGCUGCUUGUUUCUGUGAUGCAAAAUCCUCUGCAGCCCAUAAAUGAUGUUAGUGCACUAUAGAAAAACAGGAUUUACUCAUUUUAUGUUGUGGUUUUGGUGCAGUGUGAGUCUACAGACAUCACAGGAUCAGACCUCAGCUGCACAGUCAGCAGCUUGUCUUGGCUGCAGACUCAAUGCAUUGUAAAAUAAAUGGUAUCUCUGCUCGAGUUAAGAGGGAUGUGGAGGCUUUUUUCCUCCAGGAGCGGAGUGAGUUCAAGUUGGUCUUAAAAGAGAGUCCUGAGAUUUUGAUCUCUCCUUUGUCACCCCGACUAAGAUUCUUUUCUCAAUUGUUCCUGCUCCAUCUUCACAGAUGAGUGGUUAUCUUUGGCUUCAGAGCCAAGUGCCACUGUUUUAAUAGAGGAGGAAAACAAACCUCAAGUUUCAGCACAAAGUUGUUAAGUGUUCACCUCUAUACAUCCAGGAACAACAGCUUUGUGAUUACCAGAGGUUAGUUAGCACUGUUCAGUGCUGUUGAGAUAACCUGUGUCAGCAUAUUUAAAAAAAAAAAAAAAACAGCACUGCUUUGUGGUUACAAGUCAUUUCCCUUUUUGACUUUAUGAGGCUUAAGAAAAUUGGGACUUUCAUAUUUGUUAAAUAACAAGGCGUGCAUUAGGAUAAGCUGACUCCAGCAUGAAUUUUAUUGUUGAAUUCAAUAAGCACAAAAUAAAAUAGCAAAGUACUGUGGACUCUAGAGCCCACAUCCAUGCUUUGGCUUAAUUUGCUUUACUCCCAUUCAUGGAAAACACAAAUUUUAUAACAAGUUCAGGUAGCUUUACUGCUCUGCUGAAACAAGGCAAUCUGGCCUCUCACUGGACUUUUUCAGGUCAGCUACUUAGAAAAGCUAAAUUGGAUGAAUCCAUCUAAAACAGUUCAAUCUUUCUAUGUCUGUACUGUAAGUACAUUGUGAUGUCUGUCUAAGGCUGUGCUAGUUUAAAACCUAAACCUUUAUAGGUCAUUUGAUUACAGAUACAGCCGCUGAUUGGUUCAACAGACCACAUAAAGAUAGCAGCAUUUAUCCAGCAGAGUCUCUCGCUGAAAGGUAUUAUAAAUUCGUUUUCAUACAUGCUGUUUAUCUCUCUGAUUAACAGACCUGUGGGGCCCUCACAUAAGUAAAUUAACAAGGUAAACAAAAUUAACUCAAGGAUUGGCUAAAUUAAUACUGAAUUGGGAAAACAUCACAUUGCAUCAAUUAAUCAUUGCCUUUACUCAUGCUGACUGUUGAUUACAGUCUCUCCUCCUUGGGAAUAGCUUGACAAAAUACCAAACAGACUGACAUAGCAUGUGAGCCAACCAUGGCUAACUGUGGGCUACCAAGACAACUCUUCUUUCUUUCUGGUACAAGCACAUUCAAAGACCUAAUGCAAUGACUGCCGGAGCUGACAUGGAGUCAAACCUUUAUAAAUAUUAAAGGGUAAACACACACAGUGUUUUCAGCGAGCUGUCCACUAGAGUUCGUGCCCUGACAAUAUGGAGAUACCCACUCUUUGAGAAGCGUCAACACACAUAAUGUAAAUUGUAAAUAUAGUUUUUUUUGUUUUAUUGAAAAAGGAAGAGACUUUGGAGUAAUAUUUUAAAAAUAUUUAUGAUGACGCUUGUGAAUCUAUUAACCAUCAGCACAGAUGCUUCACAUGCAGUUGGAGAUUGCAGUAAAUACGUUUAAUGUUGUUCUUACAUAAGUGGUUGCCAUGACAUCGUAGUGCGAUUUGACACAGGCGAAAGCUCUUUGGCAUCAAACUAGACCUUACAGAACUGGCCAGACCUUUUCAGACAUCUAUGUAGCAAAUUGUGUGGACCGCUUUUGCUUUGUGUAUUUUAUAUCUCCUGCCUGUUGAACAGCAGCCUGGAGAGUCUUGCUCAUCUGUUACACAGUGUUGCACCAUCCUUGAUUAUUCAUAGAUUAAGUGUGUGUGUGUGAGUCAGUGUGUUUUUACGAGAAUGCGCAUGCCCCUUUUUUUGAAUACAUUCAACCAAACAUAAAAAGACUAAAGCAUUUACAACACACACAGUCCAUAGUGUACAUUUAAAAAAAAAAUGAAAACAAUAAUUGCAAUGAGGAAAAAUGUUUCUGGUUCCACGUAACAAUCAGCUGAUUGAUGCCAGUGUAUGAAAAGCUGUAGUUAGACGGGGUCUUCCCAGCUGCAUUGCUUUUAAUGGAGAUGAAAGGGGUUUUAAACCCUUGCCUUUAUUAAAGGUCUCCCUCUCUGAUUGGAUUUAAAACUUGGCUCCUUAUCAGCAGAACAGCACUUAAAAUCUAUUAGGUCAUUCCUCUGCUCUACUUGUCCAUCUCCUCUCCUUUACUCUGUCUCUGGUGUCCACUCUGCUGUUCUCUCUCCCUCACUGAUUCCCUUUCUUGUAUUUUUUUUCUGCACAGCCUUUAAGAAACACUGAUUCAACUCUGCCGCGUUUACAGUUUUGCUGCUUGGACAUCAUGACUCAUUAAUGUAACACUCAUGCACACACAGCAUGCUGGCAUUAGUUUUCCAAUAAAGCGUCUGUGUCAGCAGCAGUGUGAGGUUGAAUGUUGAAUGUCAGCAAUAUAUUUUUUUUUUCCACACUGCCUUUUCUGCUGCAGUGAUACAACAGAAAACUUUGUAUUUCCCAUAAGCAAGUAUGAACUAUUAUGUCAAUGAAUCCAGGUGAUUUUAUUUCACGCUGCUUGUUAAUUUCAUACCCAGUCCAUAAAUCAGCUCGUUAUCAAGCUCUGUAAUGGCUUACUAACGAGCUGAUCAUUUGAAUCAGGUGUGUUGGAGCAGGGAAACAUCCAAAACAUGCAGGACAGUGGGGGGCUCGAGGACUAGACUCGAGAACCACUGCUGUAAUGUAAGAUUUGGAGGUGCUUGAAUUUUGGGGUGGGCAAUAUUAUGAAAAGUAACCUGUUGGUAUUUUGGAGGAUUUUUUGCAUCUCUCAACAAAAAUGUGUUUCUAAAAUUCUUGAAACUGGCCCUAAGUGAUAGUGUGUUAAAUGUCAUUGAUGAUAUUAAUAAAAACUACAAAAAAGUUCUAUUUUUAACCUAAAAUUAAGUCAUUCAAGUAAAUGCAGUAUCAAAAUACCAAAUUCACCAGAGCAGGAAUAGAGAUCAAACAGCAACAGCUUGAGUUAAUAAAUGUAAAGUGGCCUACAGUAUUUACCUUGUAAAAUACUGCAAAAGACCAACGGAAGCUAAUGUGACACAAGUAAAUAUUAACAUUAAAACAGUCAUGUUAUUGGAGUUACCUGUUUAUUGGUCCAAAUGGGGAUCAUGGAUCUGAUUUACAAAGGUUCUGCAUGCAUUUGGAUUUUAAGAAAUGAGUGACUCAUUAUAGAGCAGAUACAUCACACACUUGUAUGUGGAUUUAGUUUCUAUCAUUUUAAUAUCAAUGCUAGCGUUUCCAUUAGUCAUACUCAUGCAAAUCAUGGGUUCCAGAUAAAAGUAAGUAAAAUUUGCACUGCACAACAAAGAGACGGACUUGUGUUUCAAAACGAUCAUAUAGAACGUAUGUUAGAUUUGAAGCACACAAGCUGGCGUUUUUGAUUAUCUUUUGGUGCCACUAGAGUUCUCAAAGAAAAAGCAUUACAGAAAAAAAAUGUUGAAAAGUGUGAAAGAUGGCUAUAAUGGAGCGUGAAAGCACCCUGAGACAUGAGGGGAGAAUAAAAGCAUGUUUUGGUGGGGGAGAUUUCCUGUGGCUGAGUGCUGCCACAGCUGAAUGGGUGCAGAUGAAACACUGCUCUGUGUUACUUCAGAUCCUACGGAGAGUGGAGACCGAGCUUUACUGUAGACCAGCGUGAGUGUUGUUUAGAGUCUGAAAACUCAUUGACAUUCUCAGCCCAAGCUUGGCACUGCAGCGUGAUACUUUAAUGUGUGAGAGACUGUCUAUCAGUUUGUGGGUGUGUGUUAUUAUGUAUUCACAAAUGUACGUAUAAUAGCAUGGGCUAGCUGUUACCAUAGAAACACAAAAUGUGCGUGUGUGUGUGUGUGUGGUGGUGGUGCACAUGCGGUGUUGGGUCAAAUGAAAGGGGGAAGGUGGAGUUGACAGUUUGACAGAGAAAAAGAUAAUCUUGGAAUGGUAAUACAGUGAAUGGACACACACAUACACACACACACACACACACACACACACACACCACAGAAGUUUGUGAGUCUAUUAGUGACCCUUUAAUGGGAUUUGAGACCUUGUCAGCAUUUUUCAUGGUUUAUUCAAGUAAGUCUGUUCGUAUAGGACUGUGUGUGUGUGCUUUGUGAAGUAGAAAUUAUGAGUUAUGUGAGCUGUGUGUUAACAGUAAUUAAGCAUGGUAAUAUUCUUCUGUUAAAAAUAACAACCGUGCAAAUUGUAUCAAAACAGUCUGAGCCACAUUUCCACAAUGAAAGGAUUUGACUCAUUCUCAAACGUUUGUGGUGUGUGUGUGUGUGUUUGUGUGUGUGUGAUUUGUGGCAAGCUGAGUGGACAAAUGGUGCUUCAGAGCCCAUGGCAGUUGUUACGUUGCAUGCUAGACGCCUAGUUUCUUGCCCGUGUGUGUGCGUUUGUGCUGCUGUACGUGUGUGUGUGUGUGUGUAAUAUGGAGAGAGUAAUAGCAGAUGCUCUCUCUGGUCUUGUAGACAUGCUUCAAUGCUGCUGCCAUCUGGUUGGCUGAGUGAAGCUAUAGGCGGGAUGGUGGUCAGUGUGAAAUCACCGACUGAGGGGAAAGCUCAGGGCUUUAAAUUCUCUCAAUACAGAGAGAGAGAAGGACAGACGGACAGGAAGACGGAGAGACAGAGGGGUAGGAGGACUGUUACAGGGGGGAGCAGGUCAUGGAACAGGGGGGUUCUGGAUUUGUCCACCAAAAGGGCAGAUGGAGAGAGCGCAGGGAGAGGGCAGAGGACAGUCAUGCACUGAUAGGGAGAGAAUGGCAGGAUAAAUAACCGCCAAGAAAAAUUUAAAUUAACAAACUAAAGAAGUGAAAGUAGAUUUGAGGAGAAUUACAACAUAAAUACCAAGUGUUUUGAAGAGUAAACUUAAUAAAUACAACACAUAAAAGUAUAGCAUUUUAAAUGGGUUAUUCAAUCUCCUUUUAAUAAAUGGCCCUGUAACACAGUUAUGGCUCUGAAAACUUAAUUAUAAUAUUAAUCAUUAUAACAAAUGGUGAGAGAUCAAUACAUUUUUGAACUUAAAGAAACUUUAGGUGCAAAUGUGAGCCAUUAAUCACAGGAUACACGGAAAACAUUGGUGAUAUUUGAAACAGAUACUAACCAAACUAGGAUGUUUGGAGGAUAACAGUUCUUUAGAUUAUAAGAAUUACAAUGAAAAGAACAUGUAAUGUCCAAAUGACUUAUGAAAAAUGUUUAACAUUCAAAUAAUUUUGUUACAGGGCUAAGAACCCUGUUUUUAUUGGAUCACCAUAUAUUUCUGUGGCCAUAUUGCCCACCACUACUACCAACUAUAACAAACAAAAAGUAGAAAAAGGUUCUUUGGUCAUGCAGCUUAAAACUAUAUCUUUAAUUUCAGUAAAAGUUUCUUUCAUAUGCUAAACAAACUUUUUUUUCUGCUUGGUUUGCACAAUUCAAAUGGGACCGUUGGCAUCUAAAAGUCCAGUAGGUUAAGAUUCUUCCCGUCAAAUGAAAAUAAAGCUUUUUAUGGCCAGCUCAGCAAUUUGUUAUUGCACCACAGGGGAAUUUUAAAAGUCGUUUUAAAAAUAGUCUGUGCACUAAAUGUUUUGAUAUCCUGUUGCCAUCAUAGGGUUUAUUUUCAAGCCUUGUAAAGUCCCUCCAGAGCCUCUGAAGACAUUAUAGGCUGUAUGUGUUUUCAUGGACUAAAUAACAAAUGAAUUUAAUGUGUAAAGUCAGCAUGUUUUUUUUUUUUUUACAUGGAUGGCAACUUACGGGUACAAGUGUCAGUCAGUGUGUAGUUUACAUAUCCAUUUUUGUGUUUUAUAGUGAGGCUAACCAUUUUGAGGUAAGCUUAUUUAUGAAUUUCACCCCCAAACAAAGUGCUAAGUUUACUAUUUUUUUACACCAAUCCCAAAGUCAUUAAAAUCUAGUUUCAUUCAUCCUAGUUUGACUUUGUUUUUUAUGCUCCUUCCUACCAGAUCUCAGUACUUACUUUGCACAUUAUGGGAAAUGAAAAUGAAGGUCAAACAUUUCGUAAUAAAACUUCCAUUUCCAACUCAAUAAAAAGGCACAUGUCUGUCAUAAUGAAAGUAGAUGUACCAUCACUGGUACACCUUCAACAUAGUCUGUAAGGGACAGCAACAGUGCUGUACAGAAAUGAGACAAAAACAAAGAGGAUGAGUUGAGUCCAGCAGUGGAGACUUGUGCUCUUUAGGAGGGGUUAUCUUUGGUCACACAGGCUGAGCUGUCUUUCUCUAUCAUAUCAAACCACACAGAGGCUGCCUGUGGAGCUGAGCCAUAGAGGACAUCCUUUCCACCACCAGCUCUCAGUCUCACCUUUUUUAAAAGUAGAAAGUGACAGUUUUUAGACUUUUAAGGAUUUAAUUUUCACCUUAUGCUACCUCUUCAGGUAUUUGUUUUCCUCUCUGUACCUAUGCCAGAAUUUUUUUUAAUCUUUGGCUCACUGAUAAGCUCACUUUUCUACCCUUCAUUACCAUUUUUAUUUUGUUCCCUAACCUUUUUGUCUCAUUUCUGAUCAAUCUUUCUUUUCCAUCUUAUCUGUCUUUUGUUUCUCAUUUCUUUUUAUACAUUCACACACUUGCAUAGUUCAGCUACUCUGCAACCAUUUACCAGUCCUUACUGUAUCUUUGUGCCUCCUGUCUUAUCUGCUGGCAUUUCACUUCCUUUGAGGCUAUUUUCCACCACAUUUAAGAGCAGCAGGCUUGAGCUGCUUAUCUUUCAAGCCAUGAAGUUGUUCUUUUCUGACUGCUCUGAUACUCCAGUUUUAUGCAAGUACAGAGUGAUAUUCAACACAAAGCACAUGGUUUGCUACACAUGUUUUGAGAUGUCCACUUUGCUGGUGAUAAAGGCACAUUGAAUAACCUCAGACAGGGUGUUCUGGUCUGAGAGUUCUGAGAGUUUGUGGCAGUGUCCCUUUAUUUGUUUCAAAAAUCAGCUUUGGUUGAGUUGGACAGAAAUUCCAGUGUCAUUGUACAUAAAGAUAAAAACAUCCUUGAGUUUUCAAAGCAGCACUCUGUGCAGUAAAGUCAUCAUGACUGACGUAGGAGCUGCUGCUAACACGCUGUCCAGGUCACCAUGAAAUAAUCUAAAAUGUAGUCAUAGUAUCAGGAAAAUACCUAUCAAGGUGUCCAUGUCAUGACCUUAAUGAGCUCCUAGUAUUUAUACACAUUUCUUCUUUGUAAGCAACCAAGCUUACAAACAUACUCAUGGUGGAAAAAGGUGUCCACCAGUCAUUUAAGUCAGCUGUGCCUCUUAUGCUUCAAAACUUCUGACCUUAAUAUCUUUGAAAGUAAAGAAGUAUGAAAAAAACAAAAACUCUGUUAUACCGAUGUUAAUGGAUGAGCUAUUCAGAUCAGUCUAGGUUUUUUAAACCAGGCUGUGGUUAAUUUUUUGGACUUGUAUAAACGGGUGUGUGGCCUCCAGUUCAUUUGCUGUCAGCCUCAAGUUCUUUGGUUGAAAGGGGAGGAGACAAAAAUGAGUCUGGCAAUGCACCGGCCUAACUUGUACGACACAAUUUUUUAUUGCUCGAAAUUAUGUUCAAUGCAUUUGUAUGAAAAGAUUGUAAUUCCAAUUAACUCAUGGCCUGAUUUAUAACUCCUUGAAGUGGCAGUGAUAAUUUUGAUCCAGCCCUCACUAUUAGCAUUUUUUUAAGAUGAUAUGAUAUUAUGUUGUUUCCUCAUUUUAUUACCUUAUAAUCAAUCAAUGAUGGCCGAAUCACUUUAGAGUAGUUUAAUAUAGACCAUGUAUCGUAUCGUAUCGUAUCAUAUCAUAUCGUAUCCAAGCCAAUGGUUCCCACCCUUGACGAUCCCAACAGACAGUAGGUUGGGUUGUUGAAUAUAUGCAGCAAAGACUUAUCAUCAAACCUUCUCAUCAAAAAAAGUUUUAUAUAAAACCUUAAAAUAUCAGUCAAUGGCAGCCAAAGCAACAAGUUAUCAAAGCAAUCGAAUGACCCAUUCAGUCUGCUUGUCUGGAUGUGGGAGUGUCGAGUUUGUGCAGUCCUGGUAUCUUGCCUUAAAACCAGAUUUGUCUUCAUGGGGCAGUAACAGAGGCAAACUGAUUCCUCACAUGUUCUCUAAUAAACAGUAGCAGCUGGUGUCCUGUUUGUUCAGCAGGACGACCCACAGAUAUAAGAAAUCAAAAAAAUCAUACUGACUUACGCUGCCCUCGCUCAGACGGAAGAAAAACCAAUAAAAAGCAAAGGUAUCAGGUUUUUUGAAAAACAUGUAAGUGAAUUGUGCUGUGUGAAGACACUCUCUGAAAUAUUAUGAGAGUGAGAAUUUCAAUUUAUAUUCAUGUGUUUCCAGGUAGAGAGGAAUCUUGUCAUUCCUCUCCUUUACACUGACUGCCAUUCUUUAGAGUUUUUCAAGCCUUUUCAUGUUGAUGAGUCAGCACAGGAACUCUCUGUGUUCUUUGUUAUUUCCCUGUUCUUGCUUUUUAGAGCAUGUAGUUACAGCUACAGAGAGUAUAUUUACAGCUACAUGCUCAUUAUUGUCUCUGCUCUCUCUGUUCUCUCUCAGGCCCUUGCGUCUCACCGAGCCUACCUCUUGACAGCACGCAUUCCUGCCAAGGUAAGAGCAGCAACCAAGUGAAACUAAACUGUUUCCCAGGAACUACAGUGGAAACCAGCAUACUGCAUUAAAAAAACAGUAGCAGAUAUUAGCAAACCUUUCUUUACAUCUAAAUCUAUGCCAUACAGAAAAUAAUUAGAAUAGCUUUGUAUCUCCUCUGCAUCUGAAAAAUAAAAUUUAACCAUCAACUAUAAUGUUUGAGAAAGUACAUCACUUUGAUUUAAGUUAUGGUUGUACAGCUGUUAAACAGCCGUAAUCCAGUGUAAAUGGCUACUGUUAGCACCAUCAGUGGUAGUACAACAUCUGUCAUCAUCUCUCCCAGUGUCAUCGUCACCACCACAUUAAAAACCUCAGUUCUUUGAUAUAAGGCAGAUGUUCACUGACAUAUCCAGCAGCAUUAGUUCAGCUCUUAUUGCUCUCUGAAGUAAACUUUAAAUCAUGCCUAAGUCUCUGUAUUGUGGAAAAUUGGCCAGAUCUGGCCUGCAAACCGUGAAAAAACAGGCUUACAAUGAAUAGAAGUCACAACUCUUGUUUUUUGGAUGUAUGGAUGAAUAAACUUCUUGCCCAUUGCAGGUCAAAGCACACUAACACCCUGAAGUUGAACAAAUGGAUGUAAAUUUAGAAGGUUGUAAAAACAUUUGUGUUUCAAAAGUUUCUAGGCUACUUUUCUGUAUUUUGAAACUGCAGUUAAUGAAAUAGUCUCUUCUUCUUUACCAUCCUGUGGCAAUGUUCAAGCUUUUGAUAGAAAAACUGGAGCUUCAGAUGAAUGUUAAGCAGUCAUGGAAAUGUAAAAUUCAUAUGUCAAACUUUUAUUGAGCAUUUUAUGCACUUCUAGAUGGAAUUUGAUAGUUUGUAGUUGACCUUGAAAACAUCAGUCAGCAAAACAAUGUCAUCAUCAGAUUCAUUUAUCAGAUAAACUUUCAGGAGUUAUAAGACUGGAUUACUGUUAGAAGGCGGUGCACUUAAAAGAACAUUAGAAAUACAUUCAAAGGCCCUUAAAAUAGCAGUAGUACCAUGCAGAGCCAUCUUAAAACUGAAUAUGAAUACCAUUUGAUUUGAACUAAAGCUCUGCCACUGCAGGCAAACAGGCAGUUAUUUAAACACACAGUACAAAGUAUGUGGCUUUGGCAGACUGAAUUCAGAAGUUGGAGUUCAGUUUAAUUGAUUACCUGCAGCUUUAAAUAUUUUUAUUAGCCAAACUGUAAAACCUUUUAUUUUUACAGUUCAUUUGAGUGUUGAAGUGCCACUAAACCUUAAAUAUCUCGCUCACAUGUAGACAGCUGUAGUUUAUAGGGACUGCUCCUCUUUGUUGAAAAAAGACGUGUGUCCCGCUCAAGUCUUGAGAUAACAUCAUAUCCUGUACUAGAGCCAGGAAAAGACUACUCAGUUGCCCUUCAAACUGCUGUAUGCUUUCCAGUCAAUAAGACCCCUCAGGGGACAGCUUAGGUGAUUGAUUGGUGGUUUAAAAAGUGAUUUAUUGGUUCACUGGGGGUUAAAAAAGGCUAUAAAGAACAUUCAAGCUGACCCUGUUCACAUGACAUCAUUUGUUUCCAGUGUUUAGGAUCUAUGUAUUUAUCUCGCUCUGACUCUGUUUUCUAUCUGCUCUCCUUCCUUUGACCUGGAUGGAUUAGACACCUGCUUUAUAAAAAAAAAAAUAACCCCUCCUAAUAUAAGUGUCUAGAUACUGCUCUUUCGAACACUGUACACUGUGGUUUUAUCUUUACAAAAGCCAAAGAGUAGGACAUCUUCUGAAUUGUUUUCAGGAAACAGAAUUGUCAUUAUUUUAUACAUGAGGUGAUAUACCUGAAAGUUCCCGUUUGCGCUCGUCUUCGUGUUGCGAUGAGAAGGAUUGCUCAUCUCUUCGCGUCUGUUUCUGCUAAGCCUGUUAACAGCGGCAGAUCACCUUAGGUCUUCUCUCCUCCUUCCUUUAAGCCACUUGUUCAGCUUUCUCACCCUCAUCCUCCCCUUCUUUUUAACAAUCUGGAUUACUCUGUCCUGUCUUUAUCCCUUUAUUUAUCUGUUGUCCUCCCCCACUCACUGUGCCAAAGGUCAGCAGUGAGUCUGACAGUGUCCUGAAUCCAAUUUUAUCUCCUUCUUUACCGUCAAAGUAAUUGUUUUUUUAACUGAAAAAAAAGCCCCAUUCAGGCAUUUUUUAACCAUACAAUUUUUGUAAAAAAAAAAAAUAAAUAAAGAUUCAGUAGCUUGUUUUUGUGGAGGCUUGACAAAUAAAAAAAAAAAAUCUAAUCCCAAUAAAUGAGUUUCAUUUAUUGAAUACUUGCAAUUUUAUCUUUAUUACUUUAAAAGUUUUAGAAGAACAAUCCAGAUCAUUUCACAUGAUUUUCUUAGAUUUAGACAAGAAGUCAAAUAAUUCAAAAAGGGACACAUUUGCAAACUCUAAAUGACUCUGAUGUUUGUCAUUGUUUUGUCUUUAGUAAUCCAUAAUGUCAGCACUAAUGUUGCAAGUUCACAGGGAAAUCUUGUUCCGUGUUAUUUCAGUAACAAGAUGAAGCUUUCCAACAUACACACAAAGAGGACUGAUGGUUAUCAUCAUAUUGAUUUUUUUGAUGUGAAAUCCAUAAAGCAGCAGAGAUGACUCAACUGCAAAUGAAGAUAAGCCCAUGUUCACUGAUCCAGGACAGAAGUUAUUGACUUUAAACAUCCUUUGUAGAGUCAGAUUUCUGCUUUCCCCGGGAUCUGAGUAAAAGCAAAGACAGGAAGAGCGCUUAUGUAUGCUUCUAGGGCUUCUGAAUAUAUUGAAGAUGUUGUUUUUGAUCCAUCAAAAGUUAGAUUCAUCUAUGUCUGGAAUCACAGAAAUGCAUCUAUAAUACACAAGGGAUCAAUUUGUGGGUGGAAAUAUAGACAGUUAUUCUAUUUUCAGGGAUGCCAAAGGCCUUAAUAUUUUAAAACUGUGUUGCAGUAGCAGUAAACCUCGUGGUUAAACGCUUCUCUAUGUAUUUCUCUCUUCCUCAGCUGUAGUUGAAAUCCCCCUCUAGCUCUCCACAACACCUCUCAGUGGGAUUUCUUGUGUGUGUCUCUCAGAUUGAUAGUUUGGCUCCUCUCGAGAACCUGCAGGGCCCUACAGUCUGUCAGUGUCUGCUCUCACACAUGCUCACAAACACACACGCAUACACUCUUUCAUUCACUGCUCAUUCUUUAGUGCUUCUUUGUCAAAAUUUUCUCUGAUGUCUCUCAUGUUUGUUUGUUUUGCUUUCCCGGGCAUCCUUUUUCUUUCUCUCUCUUUGUUUUGUGUCUUAAAGAGAAUAAAAGAAAUACAUCAUCCUAAGCAAUUUUUUUCAUAUUUUGGGGUUUUUAUUUAGUAGGGAAGCUGAAGAGAAGUAGAAAGCUUGGGUAGCAGAGAGCAGAGGUAGAAAUGCAGCAAAUGGAUGAGGCUGUAGUCAAAUCAGUGACCACUGCAACAUCCAAUUAUAUUCUGAUACUUACAGUUAAAAACAAUCGCUGUAUGUUGAGUAUUUCUUAGCAUUAACACACAUAUAUAUAUGUUUAGCACUCAAUAGUCAUUCGCAAAAAGAAAAAAGGAAGGAGAAAGGUAAGAGUGACAGACAGUAAAAAUGAACAUAUGUGUAAAUGACACAUUUGGCUUCUCCCAGCAUGACGUCUUGCCAUUGGCUAAGGUUUGGCACUCCUGGCAUUGUCUGGCACUUAAUUCAGCCUACUACCAUGCUUUUAAUUGGCUCUGCUAAUUUCUUGGCUGUGUAAUGAAAUUAACUCAUUGACCCAAUCCAGGUUCAGUUAGACUGUUUUUACUGCACAAGGUAGAAAGUUUGCAAAGCACAACUCAAUGCAGUAAGUAAUGCAGCUUGUCUUAUGUGUAUGUGUAAUUUUGACUUUCCUACAAUGAGCAACUUUUCGAUGAAAGAUGGUAGGGCUGGGCGAUACGGCCUCAAAUUAAUAUCACGAUGUAUUGAUAAAUGGAUGGUAACUAGUCCACAAGCUGCUCACCCCUCCUACGUUAACUUUGUUUACUUCAGUCGCCGCUCCAGCUGCUACUACUUUUGAACCGUCCUCCAUCUCCUCACCUGUCUUUCCCUCUUUGUUACGGACUGGAUGGGGUGGAGUCAAGUCUCUGAUGUAGGUCAGCGUCUUAAAGGGACAUGAGAUCAUAGCCUACCUACACACAUCCAAAACCAACUUUUAUUUAUUUAUUUAUUUUGACACUGAAUAUAUUGUCAUGGGCAAACUGACGUUGAUUAUCUGAUGUUAUUAUCUGAUCUGACGUUAUGAGGCCCGAAUUUUACUAACACCCAAUACCUGGGUCAGGUUGGUCCAUUCUUCGUUAUACAUAGCCUUUUUAGCUUAGAAUCAAAUAUCAUCAGAUGCAGUGAAAAACGAGAAAAUCUCAAUGUUCACUUAUAACGCAACUGAAGGGACCAACAAAUCAGAGAUUGUUAAACAAUGGUUUUGUUGAAUAAAAAUAUGGCUAUAAUAGCUUUAAUCCCUGAGAGUGUAACAUGAGGAAAAUACUUUAAGACGGUAAAGCUUUCCUCUGUUGCUCAGUUUUUUAACGAGUUAGCUUGUCUGUUAUAAAAACAUGAAUACAAAGUCCACCGAAACUGACGUCGAUUAUUGUCGCAAAUUUUGGUAUCGGUAAAUUUUUGUUUGUCGCCCAGCCCUAGCAGACAGUGAGGGUACUGGUUCUGUUACAUAAAGUAGAUUCCUUUUCACUCAAAAUUCAUAGUGAUCUGCAAUACAAUUUUAAGAUAUCAUUACAUUCUGUAUGAUUUUAGUAAGUUUGAGUUGGAAUUGCAUAUUUAUCACUUUGUCCUUAAGGUGACUUGGGUAAGCAAUCCUUCAAUUCAAAGAUUUUUAUGUUUCUCAUCCACAGCAAUUUUACAUCUUUGCAACACAGCUAACAAUCAUAGCUACUUUUUGUGGCUUUGUUUUUUUAUUUUGCUAUGUUACAACUAUCCCUCCAAACAUGAGCUUUUCACAUAUUGCAAGUUGCUGUCAGAGCUGUUGGAGAAACAAGUAUGUAAUACUUCAUAGCUGCCGAGCCUCUGUAACUAGCUCCCUCCACUCUAUAUCAGCUCACUGAUCCAAUGACAUGCUGAUGACACAGGAAAAAGAAUAGCAUUGAACUGAGUUGAAUACAUCUUCCUUUUGGAUUGGCCUUUUACCACAUGAUCUGACAUUAUGAGGCCAGAAUUUUACUAACACCAAAUACCUGGGUCAGGUUGGUCCAUUCUUCGUUAUACAUAGCCUUUGUAGCUUAGAAUCAAAUAUCAUCAGAUGCAGUGAAAAAUGAGAAAACCUCAAUGUUCAUUUGUAACGUUACUGAAGGGACCAUCAAAUCAGAGAUGGAUAAAAAUACGGCUAUAACAGCUUUAAUCCCUGGAAGUGUAACAUGAGGAAAAGGUUUCAUUGUUUAAGACGGUAAAGUUUUUUCUUUAUUAUUCUCUGUUCCUCAUUUUUUUUACGAGUUAGUUUGUCUGUUAUAACAACAUGAAUAGAAAGUCCACUUACUGGUAGCUAAUUCUGUCUGUUGCCGAUCUGGAGACCUAUCUGCAAAGUAAUUUCCCUUUUUCUCCCUGUGUAUGUGUGUGUGUUUACUCUGUAUUAUAAAUAGAAAAAAAUAAUCUUGGAUUUGUUGUGAUAUCAUUUUUAGCUCCUAGACUCAACAUGAGUGAAAUAACCACAGGCCGAGGCAGUCAGACAGCUCACAGACAGUCUGUUUUUCCUUUUCCUCCUCUCAUCUCCGAGCCAAGCCUCAGGAACACCGUGCCCACCUGGAAUAGUCUGGCCUCGCUCCCUGGCCUACCCUGAGGCUGUGCUAUUUGUCUGUGUUUUUGUGUGGGAGAGAAAGGAAGAAGAAAGAGACAUAUUGAGAUGGUGUGCAGGCAAAUUUGUGUGCACAGUAUAGUGUAGUGGGCAUUUAUAUUCACAGCUAUGGUAUUUCUGUCCAUUUAAGGUACAGAGGAGCAGACUGCUGCCUUUCUUUGUCCUGAAAUGAUCUCUUUAAAAAGAAAAGGAACAUUUAGACAUAGACUCUUUGUGGCUACUUUUAGCUUGUUUUUGAAUAUCUGUGUUAUGGAUGUUAAUAGAAAAUUAUGGAUCAGGCCUCAUUCACUUCACUUUUAAUGCUAUGUACUACUAAUUAUCAUGGUAGGAUAAAUUUUGUCUGGUGGUUGACUUUGUUGGGAUGAAAGAGUUUACUCAACUCAACAAUCCUCAGACUUAUCUAAACCUUAAAGUGCUGCUCUAAAAAGUACACGUCAGUGUGUGGGUGAGCAAUGACGUACUCUGCUCAGGAGCUAAGAAUAAAAAGAAAUGUCUGGAUCUCCACCUAUUAAUUAUAAAACAGUCAUAUUUUCUCUCGGUAUUCCUCAGACAGACAGUCACUGUGCUGGAAUGUUGUGAUUUCAUCAGACAGGAUUAUCUCUCAAAUAUAGUGAUAAACUGUGUUACUUUCACUUAAGCACUGGAGCAAGACGACGGUUGCUCAUUUGUUUAUUCAAAUACUAACACCCACUUUUAAUUAAAAAAAGUUAUACUGAAAUUACCGAAUGUGAAUUUUUCCCAACUGUAGUGUAUGAUUUUACUAAAGGUGUGUGUGUUUUCUGACUUUCCCCCAAAAUAGGUAAUCAAAUCAGAGUUUACAUCCAGGAACUGUCCUCUUAUGUAUCUUUCAAUGUCUUUUGCUGUCCCUCUUUGGCUUUAAGGGACAUAACUGUAUGAGACCAUACUUUCAUUAUGUAUGAAACAGUGUAAGUAUUUAAACGGCUAUGUUUCUCCUCCUUUUUUUUAGGUGGAACACUCCUUUAACUAUCUGGAGAUCCAGGGAAUUUCCUGUAACAAGCCUACACAGGUACCACACUGACACUGAACGUAACCAAGUCUGUCAUAACAUUUGAGACAUAACAUUUGGAGAAUACGCUUACAUGUGAUAUUGUUGAUACUAAGAAAAAAAAAUGAUACCCCUCUCUUGAUGUUAUUCUUAGUAUGGAGCUCAAGCCAAGCCAUGCAUACGCCUGGAUAAGCUGGUUCUUUUGGCUGGUUCCCUUAUGCACAGCCAACCGCUAGCUCCAGCUCCACAUAGACACCAUAGUGAACGUGUGAAUACUCUUACCAAAUUAAAAGUGUGUUUGGAUUUGCAUUUCCUUGAAGUUUUAUUCUUGGCAUUGAAUUUAUUUACAAGAACACAACAGCCACAUAAAGAAAAAUGCGAAGCUUACAACAGUACAUCAUUGAAAAGAAAGUCCCAGAAGAGAAACAUGAAACAGAUUCAUUAACAGCGUAGAGAGUAAAAUCUGUUGGCUUUGAUAGCUUUAAAGAAAAAGAAGACUUGUCUUUCAGUCUUGGUUCCUUAGAUCACAGUUCAUUUGUUGUAGCCACAGAUAGAGCAGGGAUUUCUGUCAAAGAUGCUAGGACAUCACAUGUGCUACAUCCAGCUCAUUCAGCUCAUAUGCUCUGUAUGACAGAAAGCUGCAUGUGUUGUAUAUGUAGUACAGGAAAAACAGCUCAACAGGGGCACAAAGCUCAGACUUAAUUUUCUGUUCUUGGGACACUGUCUGCUGAUUUAAGAACUUGACCCAACUUACAGGACCGUGUCUCUAAUCAUUACACAUCCUGUCUGGGAGGGGGGAACAAAUUUACAAGAUGGCAAAGAAAAUGUUUGAAAUACUUAUAAGUACUGCAUGUGACACCAAAAACAGGUCUUGACCUGGCAGGGAUUCCUCUGGGGGGAUGUGUCCCAGCUGGGAAGAGCUUCAGUUUGGCUCCUCGACCAGCGCUGGCUCGCUGUCAGACAGCAGGCUUUACCUACAAAAUAUGAUAAUCCUUCACUAACCACACACGUCCUGCAGCUGAACCUCUCUCCUACUCAUCUCAAGAGAUGUCUGUCGUCUUAAUAUCCUUCCUGAUGGUCUCCAGUGUUUCAUAAGCAUCAGUUGGGAUUAUGUAAAUUUUGGCCUAUAGAGGGGCACAGACUGCUGUACGUCAGCAUUUGCAUAAUUGCAGUUAAGACUGAGAUGGAUAGCCAGUCUUGGUAAAUGUCAUUAAAUCUUGCGUUAAACCUAACAUGAGGAUGUGAGUUGAAGAUGUGGUUGAGUGGAUGCAUUUCUUAAAGUCUUUCUUCAAGUGAAUAUGCGUUUAAGAAAUAACGGGAAGAAAACUGAAACGGUCUAGUACUAAAAAUGUUUCAUACCAGGAUGAGCCAGAAAAGGAAGUAUAAAGAAAAUCUUGUCUAAAGCUUUUUAUCUGAAGAAGUGAAAAUGUGAUCGUAACAGAUUAAGGUGUAACAGUGUGCCAUCACGGACCACUAAUUGUUGAUUUGUUCUUUUAGUUGAUCAUUGAGUAUGAGCGGGGCUCCUUCUCUCUGAAGCUGCUCUCGACAGAAGAGGUCAACGAGGUGGUCGCUCACAUAGGAAACUGUCUGCUGAGGAUAUGUCCUGGUCUACUUCCAAAGUGAGUUUAAGCUGUGUGUGUGUGUGUGUUGCAGCAUCAAACUGCUCUUUAAAUUAUUGAAGAAUCAUCUUUACAAAAACUGAUAGUAACAACACUGUCUCAUGGAUUUAUAGAUAUCUAUAUUUAUGCAGAAGUGAAUCUCAUUGGAUACGUUUUUUUGUUGGGAACAGGCAGUAUGAAUAUGAAUGCAGAAAUGAUCACAGAUGUAAAACCAUAAAGGUUUAAAGACUCAUUUCACAAUCAGAGCAGUUUUCCAUUCUACAGAGUGGCUGCUAUUUUUAUUUCUUGAGCUCCUCCGGUUUUGUUUUUAUGUUACACAUUAACUCUGUUAUUCAGUAAAGAUUAGCUGCUCAGCAUCUUCCUGUUCAGGAAUGUCUGCAGCCAAGUCAGGAAGGAAGAAAGUAGCCUGACAAGGCAUCUUUUUUUUCAAUGAUUAAAAAGCUACCACCCUUUUGUUAAUGUGACUAAAAUCCUUUUUAUUUUUUAGCAAAGUGGUAAAAAAGUUCUGCAUGGAGCCCCCGGACAGGCUGACCUCUCUGCAGACUCUGUGGGAGAACAACAAGCCGGCUGAACCUGGACCCUGUGGUAUGAAUCACUGACUUGAUUAUAAGCCCAGCUCUUCUUUGUACCAUCAGUUGACCCAACUGUGGGUUUGAUUUUUCUUGAACUUGUAGUUUUGUCACAUCAUUCUCUCUGUCCCACUCUCUCUCUCUCUCUUUGUGUAGGUGGGUUUUCUCAGAUGUACAGGUGUGUUUGUGACUGGUUGGGUCUGCCAUACAGGGAAGAAGUGCAGUGGGUCAGUGUUACUUACUCUCUUUUAUUCACCACUGACUUAUCCUAGCUUAGCUCUAGGCCCUUUGACGAAUUGAAAAGCCUUUAAAGGACAAGAAAGUAGCACCGGUUUGCUGAUAUCUUUGUAUUUGAAAAAAAUCCAGUUUCUUGACUCUCUCUUGUAGCUGUUUGUUUGUUUUUAUUUACUCUGUGGAAAUAUUUGUUUUUAUAUGACUAAUCAAGAUCCGGCAAAUAUUUUUUCAUUUGGACAGUUUGUUGGGACUUCCUUUAAAUAAUUAUCUACUUUCCAGGAUGUGGACACCAUCUAUCUAACACAAGACAGCAGAGAACUAAACCUCCAGGACUUCAGCCAUCUGGAAAACAGGUGAACAGUUGCAAACAGAUGAGCUCAUGUGUUUGAAAACUUCAUUUGAACAGGAAAAACACAGAAAUAAAAGAUGAAAGAGGUUUUGGAGGUGUGAUGUGAAAAAUUUGUAAAAUCUGUGCAAACUUUUGGGUGGUGCAGACAAAGAAAAUAUACUGUACUGUUACAGCUACGACCUUUUCUCUCCUCUCUACCUACUCCUCCUCAGGGAUCUUGUGGCUAUAAUAGCAGUCCUGGAGUUUAAUCAGUGGUUCACCAAGCUUUCCACCAAGGACUAUAAACUGGUCAGUACUCCCUUUUUUCAAACACAGUCAUUGUCGUGUCCUGGCAGGUAGCCACUGAGGAUCAUAACUCUCAGGUUUUUGGUUAUUCACCGAUGAUGUCUUAGUUUUGAAUUUCAGGGUAAAAAGAGUAAAUUUUCUGUGAUCUGAGCUCCUCACUUUUGUGUACAUAUUUUCUUCAGCCACCUCUGUUUUCAGUGAAGCUGCCAGUUUAUUGGGUACACCAAACUAAUGCAGUGUGAUUUAAAAGUACUGUGACAGUACUUUCAAUAGUUUACUACAGAAGCAGUAACUUUAUUUAUCUCUUUAAUUUUGCAUGCUAGUGGUCCCUUUCUUGACUCAUCCAUGCUCUGAAAUAGUAAAAUAUCCCAGCCUAUAAUGUUUGUAUAUUAGUUUUAUCCAGUUAAAUUUUGCAGGAGAUAACUUUGUGGGAUGUACAGUAGAUAGGAUACAUGGAUACUGUCAUGUAUGGUUCCUGUGGUUUUUAUAAAGGUCCUACCUCUCACUUCCUUAUGGUACCACGACAACAGCAGUGCUGCGGUUUCUGCUUUGUCUCUCAGAAUAUUUGCUUAAAAAAAGUUGAGUUAGAUCUGACACAAGGUUAUAUCUCUUUGUCCACCCAUCUUUGAAAUACAAUAUCUCAAGUGACAACUAGGGCUGCCAGAGACAACAGCUGAUGUGGCAGGAAACAAGGAGAAUCUCUGAGUCUCGUCUGUAGCCGUGCUAGCUGCUCUGUCCGACCGUUACUACACAGGAGUGCUUGAGCAGGUGCAGAGUUUUGCUCAAGGCUCAAAAUAUUCAUCAAUUUAGUCUUGAAUACUAAUCACGCUAAUCUGGCUCAAAAUGGGCCUGGGUAAUACCUUCCUUGCUGGGGGCACACACCUGCAUAUUGCUCAGCCAGUGACUUUUAACGAACAACAACAAUAUUGUAGACAGACAAUCUCAUAUUUGAAACUUUUCUAUAUAAUGAUAAUGUGUAAAAACUCAAUCUAAUACAACAUACAGUCGAUAUUAGUUUACAGCUAAAAGCAAAAUUGUUAGAAAUAGAAUUUUGGGUCCUUCCCCUGGACAUUUAAGACUCAGUUUAUUAUCUGUCAGUAUGUUUUACUAAACAAACUUAGUCAUUAAAUUACCUUUACAAUGCCACUAGUGAAUUUAAAAAAGGACGAAUUGUUUCCUCUAGCAAUGAAUUAAUGAAUGGAUAAGAACACCUGGUAAUACCUAUGAGGGCCUGAGGUGGUAUAACGUGCUGAUACGGCAGCCCCUCUCUAUAAUAAGUAGGAAAAGGCCUCUUCACAUGCAAGCAUUUGCUGAAAGCUCUACCACUUUCAUGAUUCAAAUUUGUUUUGAAAACCUGACAGCAAAAGUCUGAAAUGCAUGUCUCCAUUAAGCCAGAGCUGCCAAGCGUCAUGCUUUGAGUGUGACAGUCACGCAAUUUGACCCAUUCUCACACCACACGUCACACUUGACAUUUCUCCCACUUAUUUUUCCCUAUUCAAUACUCUGUAUUUAUUUUUUUCAUGAUAAUAAACUUGGCUUGCUGUAGUCCAGGUAACUCUGAUUGACUGACCAAGAUAACCAAUCUCAGACCAGUUCAUCAGUCCUUUGUGCCAAAUGCUGUGUUCGAGUCAUCUCGGAAGUCUGGUGUUGGAGCUGAAAAUGACGUCACACCCGAGUUCCCAGCAUUUCAGUUACCAAGUCGGAAAAAAAGCAAUAUUGGAGGCCUGAAACAAGAUGGCUACGUCUAUGAAAGUUACUUUAGUGCUUGCCUUAUAUGCGGACAAGGAAAGCACUAAAAUAUCUUUCGUAGAUGUAGCCAUCUUGAGUUUUUUUUGGGCUUUGGCGUCUCUAUCUUUCACACACAACAGCGCUGACAUUUAAAACCCACUCAACGUAAUGCAAUAUUGACAAAUGUGUUUUGUCAAAAUUCUUGUUACAAUUUUCAUUUUUUAAUUUCUAGUUAAUUAAGACUAGCCUUAGGGAGAGCAGCUGGCAUGGAGGGGAGGACAUCAGUCUUAAGGUAUAAAUCGACGUUAAAAAAGGCAAAACAUUCUCGCUGCGCAGCCAAACACAUCAUAACACUAAAGUCUCACUCUUGUCACUUUCUGAAACUUGGCCGCCCUGGUUAAGCACUGAUAAAUGAGAUGGUGUGAAUAUUUAUUAACUUGGAGUGAUGCAAUUGCUGCAACAAGAGGCUGAUAAACAUAUUAAAAGUUUUAUCCCACUUAUUUUUGUCACUCCUCAUUUAGUGUAGAGUAUUUAUAACAUACUGCACACCCCGUUUUUUCUGCACUCAUACAGUAAAUUGUCUCAGACUCUACUUACCUCUGUGUGUAAAGCUGUAUGAAUCUGCCUGUACAGAGUUUUCCCCCUUUUGUUUCCUUGACUCCCCCCCUCCUGUCUGUUGACGGAGGAUCAGUCCGGUGUUCACGUGUGAUAAGACUCUUAAUCCUAACCAGACAAAGAGGCUCAAUGUCUCAGGCUGUUGCCCCCCUGCUGCACUCCAUCACUAACUCUCCUUCUCAAGGCUUGGCCCAGUCUCACCAAUUACCACACGCAGUUUCCUCGGUCUAAACAAUUAUCUUACACCUCUGUCACAGACAAUUCCUUUUGUAUUGAAUUCUAGGAUACUCUUUGUCAUCGAGCUGUGUGCAUACUCAAGCAGAAAUAUUCAAGGGGGCUCAUGUGCACCUUGUGUCUAAUGUGUGUCCUUUUAGUCACACAUCGGAGUGUGUUUGAAUGGACCAUAAGGGUUUAGUGUUAUAAAGGUUUUAGCUUUUUUAGUCAAAGUGUGUUUGUUUCUUUUUGGGUCAUGUAAGACACUGUUUGCUUUUGGCUGUGGUCAUGUUGUUUUUGUAAAGCUGCAAACUGUUUAGUGGAACAAAAACUCCUUUGGGCAUUGCCUGGGAGGUUUCAAUCUUAGGUGCCUUAUUUUAUUUCACUUUUUUUUUUUUUUGCUUUUUUCCUUCCUUCCCCACAAGUUGAUAAAGGAGAGACUGGAAAAAUUUUGGUUGCAAGGAUGUGCUCUGGAGUGUGAUUUCUCAGUUGUUUUUGAUCGAGUGCCAGUGGAAACAAAUGGAAGAAUAAGCAGGAAAUAGAGGGUGAAAGAGAAAGUGAUGAAACCGAAUGGAGCGGUGGGACAGAAACAUAAAGGUCUGUGAAGAGGUCAUCGGACAGAGUUAAAGAGAGAGAUGCCAGAUGAGAUAGGAAAUGAGUCAAACUAUCAGGAAAUAGAGAUCGGAUUUAAAACUAUCAAGCCAAAGAAAGAGGAACAAAACAUUUCCAGGAUGAUGUUGCUGCCAAAUCUAUUGACAUGCAAAAGUUCAACUCAAGGACAGAAACUGCCUGUCAGCCUUUAUUGCGGUAAAUGUGAAACUGAGCACAGUUGCAUUACAAAUAUCGAAAUGAUGUGUCCUGGACCAUGAAGCAGAAAGAGAAAAAAAUCAGCAGGGAACAUUAAAUGCACUGGCCUUAGGCUCCAUAAAAGUGGAGGAAGAAAUCUCUCAGUGUAGUGGACUGGAUAAUAACACACAAAUACUGUCACACACACACACAGACACAUGCAGGCGGCCAUCACAGUGAGUGAUGAUGCUGCUCUGUUCAGUCAGGCUGGUUGUUUUGAAGUCUAAUCGAGAUGCUGAGCUGAAAAUAAGGAAUGAGAGCAGUGAUAAGAGGAUCGCCCUUCUAUUUACCCCAUGAUCACACAGCAUGUGCAUGUUUGUUUGUUAAAUUUUAGCUGGACGCUGGGUCACAACUGCACAGCAUGACAAAGCUCUUAUUUAAUGAGUUGUAAAUGGUGCAGAGCACAUGCUGACAGUGUCCCUGUGCUGUCACCAACAGCUUUAUUGUGACUCUGGUGGAAAAUACAGGCUUCUUUGUGCCCUCCAGUCCUCUCUCUUUCACACUAUCUCUCUCUCUCUCUUGCUCUAUGCGACUCUGCUCACUCCUCUUUUCCUCUAUUUCAUCCCUCACUACCCUCAUAUCUGCUUUUUCUGUAUUAUGUGUCAUCCCUCGCUGCCCUCCAUCUUUCUUGUCCCAUGUCUAAUACUCACAGUUACACAGAGUAAACAUGUGAACAACAGACUCUUUCUUCUCUUUUUCACCAAUCUCUCUCUCUCUCUCUCUCUCUCUCUCGCCCUCACUGUAGAUAACAGUUUGGGACAAUGUCGCCUCUGUUUUGGCCACUCUGAGGCUGCUGGCUGAUAGAAACAGGAAUGUCAAUUAGUAAGAAUAACAAAAAAACAAUAGUACAGCAAAGUUUUGUAAUGAGGGUGAAAAAUGUUUGUGUUAUGAAGCAGUGCAGCUAAUUGGUGUUGAAAUGUCUGUAUAAAGCCGAAGAGGACACGAUUGAGUGUGACACUGAAAUGGGUCAGUGAACAUCUAGGUAGAGCAUAGACAUCAAGCUGCUGAAUUUUUAAUUUCCUCUAAAUAUGAGAGCUUUUCCUCCCCUGACUCUGUCUCAUGUGGUGUUCAAGACCACAGAAGCGAGACAACUUUCUUCCUCUGAAGUGUCUCAAAUCUGCUGCUGUCCCCGCUCUCUCCUUGUCACGCACAAAUAGUCUUUAAGAGGGACAGACAGAAUUCCUCUGCUGGCUUUUUUUUUUUUUUUUUUUUUUUGCUGUACAUUUACUGUGGCAGCUUUAAUUAGCAUAAAUGAACAGCUUUUCAAAAUGAUUUCAGUGCUGAACACUUGAGGGAAUUAUGUCCUAAAAGGAAAUUUUCUGUGUUACUUCUGUGAAUGUCUCGCUCAAAGCUUUGCUAUUCCAGAUAAAGGCGCAUUUGAAGCCUUGGAGCUGGUUCAGUUAAUUAGUGUAUUUUUUUUCAUCAUUCGAUUAAAGGAUCAGUGAGCUCCUGUUAUGCUGUGAGAUUUGUAACACCUUCAUAAUCAAGCCUACCAUCAUCAUUUUGGAGAGGUGUUACCUUUGUUGUCUUGCUUUAAUGUUAUUUUCUGCAACAUUAGCUAUAACAUUUUUUUAUUUUUUAUUUAUCUGUGUUGAGUUUAAGUGUUGUUUUCUUCAGUCUGCAGAUGUUUGUGAGCAGAUCUAUCGAGUAGUAUCUCGAUCCAGCCGUCUUGAAGAAUUGGUUCUGGACAAUGCAGGACUCAAAACGUGAGUAAAGCAAUCUCUUAGGGAGGUUACUCUCCAUGCACGGUAUGUUAAAGGCAUGGUUGACGAUCUGAGAAGCAGUUGGAAAAAACUGAGCCAUUGAGGCAGAUUUGAAAAAACUGUCCCACCCCCACAAACAAACCUCUCCCCUUUGUGCUCCAUGAUACAACCCCCCCCCCCCCCCCCCCGAACCUAUAUGGACCUCCCCACGACACAUGACACGCCCCCUCUGGCAGAACAAGAAGCCGCCCGGAAGAAGAUCCUACGCUAGCAGACUUAAAUUUUUGCACCUAAUGUCUUGAAAUAAGAUUUAUAUCUGAACUUGUCUUAAACAAAGUCUUAUGCGUCAUAAAUUGAAUUUUUAAAUUCACUAAGAUUUGAGUUUUUGCAGCAUGUUACAACUUUUGGAGAAGUGGAUCCAGCCUCUGAACAGAGAAGAACAAACGUGUGUUUAAUCAGAUCUGAAGCUCAUAUUACUUUUGUUCAGCUGCAGCCAUAAAACUAAUAUCUAUUACAUAAGCCUAAAGGAGCAUAAAUACAGACUAAUUAAAAUCAAACAGGCCGCUGAUCGUGUCAGGUACUCAACUUUAAUAAAUGUUUACACUUAGGCAACACGACACCAGAGGGGGCGCUGUUGUACCUGCAGCUGUUGAGCUUGGCUUUGUUGUUGCUUUUUGCGUGACCCUCAUAGCAGCACAGAGUCGUGGUCAGGAGUCAAAUGAGCAACCGCCGCCAGGAGGACUUCAGUCUCUUUAUACGGUCCACCAGCGCCCCAAACCGAGGAGUUACAGUAAAGCUCGCGACUUUUAAAGAUGUCAGAUUUGUGCCCCAAAAUCAAAUAGGAUUCACCAUGUCGGGUUGCUAGUGACUAGCGGCAGUAAACGCCAGCUCUGCAGCUGCCUGGACAGCUACUGUGUUGACAUUGCUGAGACUAAUUAGAGUUAUUUAUGUAACAUGUGCCCCUAUAAAAGGCAAAAAUUACCUGUUCAACAAAAACUCUGCUGUCUCAGCAUCUGCCUUUAGGCCAAAAUCCUGGCGGAGCUUUCUCCACCACUCAAAGGAUGACCUGAUGUUUAUUCCAGUUAGAUUCCUCACCUGGUCACAUUUCCACUUCGUUUCUGUCCUUUCUUCUGUCAGCUUGUGUUUUCUUAGCACCUUUGGCGGUGGUGCAAGCAGAAGUGUUUUUUUUGUGUCCAUCUCCAUCACAGCUCCUGUAGAUAAGCUGCUACGCUACUUUUAGCCGCUCAGAGCUCAGAGGAGAGCAGGGAGAGUGGGAGGGGACGAGUCGCAACUACGGUGAUGGGUGUGUCGAAUACAGCGAGAUGAUUGGAUGGAAAGGUGGAGCAGGAGAUUGACCAAUAGGAGCUGUCCGGGACGGAUGGCUCCCAUUGGUCAAUGUUUUUGCAGCCCUGCACCUGCUAGGGUGAACAGAAUUUUUUCCAUUUUUUUUUCUUUACUUUGUGGAGAUCGCACUAUAGGACCAUGAUCGCUAUAUAAACAAGGUUCAUAAUAAUUACCAAUCUCUCCAACCGUCGACCAUGCCUUUAAGAUCAAUUUGCUUUAUCAUUAUCAUUUGUAAAAGACUACAAACCAUUGCUAAUUCAGCAUAAACUCCGGGACUUGGUCUAGUCUAGUUUUCUGUACCAAGCAUGUGUUGGAAAAAACAUUUGAUUUAAAACUGUUUUAUGUGCCGACCAAAUGUCUCUUAUCUUUUUGAUAAUAAACAUAUUGACAAAACACUCAAAUUCUCUCUAAGAAAUCAGUGAUAAAGUUGAUUUUCAUAAGUAUAAUAAGUGAAUGUUGUUUAUAUGCACAUAAUAAAUAUACACUCUUUUUAUUCUCUGCAGUGAUUUCGCCCAGAAGCUAGCAGCUGCCCUGGGCAAUAACCCUAGCUCAGGACUCACCACCAUUAAUCUUGCCAACAACCCACUGGAGGACAGAGGUAACUAAUGCCAAACUAAUCUAACCUAAUCUGAAAUGAUCACUGACCUACUGUCUGCUUUUCUCCGUCAGGUGUGAAAGGUAGCCCUCCUGUCAAAGUAAAACAGUAAAUACACUAGACAAUAAAUAGUCAUUUAGCAGUCAGGUCUCUUGAAUCUGCAACAUUUAUGCUUUGUGUACCGUAUAUACUGCUGCCUGUUACAGAUACAUAAAUCAAAAGAGCAUUGACUUUUUUAGGCUCACUUGUCCCUGUGCAGUGAGGACAACAGUUUCAAUAUUUCAUCCUCUCUAUCCUAAGGCUUAUCAGUCUAUCCAGGACACAUGAAUUAAAGAUACAUUCCACCAAGUAUUCAGGAAGUCACAUGUAAAAUGUAAAGCAGAUUACUGGGACUCAGUAGUCUUGCUGUAAUUUGUUCUUUUGUAAAAUUUAUGACAGGAUUCUGUUAAAUUUACCCUUUUUAAAGGGGAUAAUACACAAGAGAGUACCAAUUUUAUUGAUUAUGAGCUGUAUGAUUUUUUUAGGCUGAUACACACUGAGCCAGUUUACGCCACAUUGUUAUCUUUGAAAAUUGCUUGUGAUAAAGUCUGUUUUUACUGUGAGUAGAGCUUUUUUAUGAAUGUGUAGUGUUUGGUGUAAUGUGCAGUUUCUUUUUAAUAAAGGUAGACUCUAACUCUGUCCCAUUGUCGAGCAGAAACUGUCAAGCUCUUAGUGAACAUCUUGGGUUUUUAUAAGUAAUAGUCUUUAUCAUCACAUUUGUUGAAAAAGUGCAAGCAUAAGGAUGGAAAAGAGGGAAAAUAACUUCUCAUGUCUGUUUCUGACCUCUUGAUGCAGGUGUCUCCUCACUGGGUGCUCAGUUUGCCAAACUUCGUAUCGGGCUCAAGCAUUUAAACUUCUCCAGAACCUCACUAUCACCCAAAGGUCAGUCCCUUCUUUCAUCCUUCAUAAACAGUUUGUGAAACAGGUUGUUAAUAAAAUAUUGAUAACUUCUACAUUGAUAUUUGCGGGAUUUAGUUAAAAGCAAUAAAUAAAUACUUUCUCAUAGAUACUCUUGUGGAUAAAUGGCUUUCCUAAUGGGUCUCAAUUUGGAUCUCACCCCACCAUGUAAUUCACAUCUUUACUCUUAUUUAUUCCCAGCUACCCGUGGGGUGCUAAUGACACUCAAUUACUGCCCUAUUAACACUCCUAGUGUGAGAGGAAGAAACAGAAAAUAAGUGACAUCUGAGUUUCCAGUAUCAAUCUGGUAAUAGUAUAGAACUGCUUGUUGGCAUGCCCAAAAAUCCCCCUGCUUCAUUGGCCUAUGAUGAAUUUCAUAUGGUGCUGAAUGCACAGAGCCUUAUCUACAAGAAUCUGUGGAAGAUUUUAAAUAAUCUCUCUAAUGAAAUCUUUAAAAAUAAACAUGGCGACUGUUCACAAUCAGUUGUUGAUAAAAUGUUCAUCUUGUUUACCACUCUGAGUAGAUGCUUCUGGAGCAGGCGUCAUCUUUGGAGACCUGUAAACAUGUGCUGCUUUUAGGAGAUCAAUAAAGAAUGAUCAGAUUUCACAGUGCGAGGUUACUGAAAGGGCUGUGCCGCAUAGACUGUGCUCUGCUCGUCUGGAUUAUGGCCCAAUCCAUAAUCUAAUCCUCCAAAGCUCCUUAAUGCUAUGAAAAAGUUUAAGGAAUGCAGAUUUGUUUCUUUUUUAGCACAGAUUUGGUUCUAGGAUAAUGUAGUGAUGGUAAUGCAGCAGACAUGUUGUUUGAUCUUUUGAAUUUAAUCCUGAUAGAAAAUAUUGAGCAGUUUACAUGAACAGAAAUGUUCUCUCCCUAAACCACUUGUGCUUUUCGUGUAUAUUUUUGUCAUUUUCUAGUAAACUCAUGUUUAUCUCUUUUCUUCUCUCUGGUUCUGUCAACUCCGGACAGAGUCAGGACUUUAUAAAAAUGCUAGUUCAGUGUGUCAGUGAUGUGAUUGACGUGACACGGGUCAGUGGUCAGUCUCACAGUGUGUCAGUAGGGUGCAGACUCUGCAGUGAUGAGUAUAGAGUCACAUGCACACACACAUUUUUCUGCAGAUUGUUGAUCGCAGCUCCUGAUUAUAUUCAUUAUCAUUUCUGUCUGACCUAUCUAUAACUAUUAAUUAAUUUAUUUGAAAUAUCCCAUUAUGACUUAUAUGAAAAAAUGUAAUACAUCAUCCUAGUGCGUCACUGACAGCUAUGAAGAGGAAUCAUCUUUUCACUUUAUGCAUGAACUCUGGAUUCUGGCCCUGCUCUUUCAUUUCCUCUGCUAUUUCCUUCAAUAUUCUGUCAAAAUAUCAAGUGAUGCUGACACUGCGUGUGUAUGUGUGUGUGUGUGUGUGUGUGUGUGUGUGUGUGUGUGUCUGUAUCUGUGUUUGUUUGUGUCAGGGGUGAACAGCCUUUGCCAGUCACUGAGUGCCAACCCAUCCAUCCCCAGCAGCCUGGUCCAUCUAGACCUCUCAGGGAAUGUCCUUCGAGGAGAUGACAUGCAGGUACACACACACACAAACACACUCAGUCAGGCAGAUUCAAUCCAUUUCAAAGCUACUAUCAAUAACAGUUAAUUGAUUGAAAUGGCUCAGUGCUGCACUUGUGUGGAGGUCUUGUCAGGCGGUAAUAAAUCAGGCAGCGUGUCCUUAUUAAGGAGAGCAUCGACUCGGCUCAUACCUCUGAACACAGAUGCGAUUGUCUACUGCAGAGCCGCAAACCAGAAUUCAGCUGAACAGACACAAUCCCUCCUAAUAAUGACAGAAGCAGACGCACUAGUAUCAUUUCAAUUUAACAUUUCUUAAUAUUAGUGUACUCCUGCUUUUGCCAAGAGUCGGCCCCUGAAAUGCAUACAGGCUGGCUCAGCUCAGCCAAGGAAAUGAAAUUUUUAGCCUCUUUAGCUGGUUGUAGGGCAUCUUCCAAAUACAGAAGUUAUCAUUUCUAGCCAAGGGAAUGUUGCUGCCAUUUAAUCAGAAUGGCACUGAUAUUAUUGAGUAACUUACCAUAUACAAAUGAAGAUGUUUAACUUUUGCGGAUAAGGAAAAGUUUGGCAUGAAACCAGAAAUGCUGGAAAAUUAUAAAUGGAAUUGAAAAGAGAAAAAAACACCUGAUACACUGCUGAGAUUCAUAUAAAGCUGCAUGUAGUUGCUGAGAAGUCAAAUCCAAUUUGAUGCCAGAGGUUUUGGAGUUAGAUUUUUUUUUUAAAUGUUUGAUAUUUUUUAUUCUCCAUUUAGCAUUUCUAUCACUUCCUGGGUCAACCGAACAGCCUGUCCACCCUUGACCUCUCCAACACUGACUGCUCAUUGGACCAGGUGAGACGGAGCACAUACUCAUACUGCAGUAUGCCGCAUGCUCAUUUCUUAAUUCGGUGAAGAAAUAAACAACUGUAGGAAACAUGUUUCAAACAUGACAGGCCCAACAAGUGUAAAGACCUCCCCUCUGUAAACCAACAUCAUGCAUUAGAGUCAAACCUCAUUGUAAACUGCAGUGUGAGAUGAAGUGCCAGACAUUGAUAUGUGUGUCGCAGCAAACAUAAAUGAACUUCACUCACCCAUGCAAUCUGUAUUUCUGUCUGCUGCUAGUGAAAUGUUCUGCAUACUGUAUGUGAGGUAUUGAUGGGGGUCUGAGAGCCAAACUGCUUAUUGAUUAGUCUGCAAUGUAGCCAGCUGUCAGCCUGUUAGCGGAAACAUUGAUUUGUUCCUAAGUCAUAUUCUGUCUUUCUAGUACAACCAAAUACAAACACAUUUAAAUGCAGUAGUGAGGACGUGCUUUCUCUGUUACAGAGGGUUUGAUCGGGCUUUUCUGCUGGAUCUUAUUAAAUUUUAAAGCUUUUUUCCACAAAAACUGAAGAGAAAAUAAUGAUUGAUGCAGUUUAUACAGCCCAGAUGUUCUGAUGAUAUGUGUGUUUUUUCCAGGUUUGCUCAGCUCUGCUGCGAGGUUCAGUCCAACACCUCACUGUUCUCAACGUGUCAAAGAGUGUCUUCCCUCACAGGUGAGAACCAAGUCCCCCUGUCACUAUGCAAACGCAGUGAAAUGACUAAAGCUAAAACAAGCAUGAACUUUAAAUUUACAUGCCUUUGUUUUUUAGAAAUUUGUGACAAGCCUGCAGAUAUUUAUUUUUGUUUGAAUGUUUGGUACAUGUUGUUUUUUUCCACAAAUAAAGAACUAAAGCAACUAAAAUUUAAGUAUCCAUCCACCUGUGAGAAUUAAAAGAUCAAGUCCUAGAUGAAAAAAUAAAACAGUGUUAGUUUGUAUUUAAACCAGCUUUUUGGUUUAAUUUUGAAAUCGGUUAAUAAUUCAAGAGAGAGCAACUAUAAAGUGUCUGAUAUUGUGUAGAGGAACUGGGCUCAGGCUCAUAAUCCCACUGAGGUGUACCUGUGAUUCUCUUUUCCAUCAUGAUUUGCUCCUGCUAUUUUAGUCUUAAAAACAGAUUUCCGGUAAUGUGGCUUGUUACUUUAAGUCAGUGGUUCUCAAGUUUCCCUGCUCCAACACACCUGAUUCAAAUGAUCAGCUCGUUAUCAAGCUCUGUAAUGGCUUAAUAACGAGCUGAUCAUUUGAAUCAGGUGUGUUGGAGCAGGGAAACAUCCAAAACAUGCAGGACAGUGGGGGGCUCGAGGACUGGACUUGAGAACCACUGCUUUAAGUGGUUUUAAGCCAAGUAGUGUCUGUAUGUUGUUGAGUGACACCUGCUGGUGACAGAAUGACAUUACAGACAAGCUACAGUUUUAACAUCAGAGCCAAGUAUGUAGAUAUGUGUUUCAUGGAGUGUGCAAAUGCAGAAUGUGAGUGUGUUUAAAUCUAAGUGUUUGUGUGAGAUACUGAGUGUGUGUGUGUGUGUGUCUGCAUAUUGGUGUGUUCGGAUUUGGAGUGUAACAGAUGGGGUGUGGGUGGAGUUUUUCCCCACACUAUUAUCUCUUUUUCCAGUGUGUCUCUUGGGAGGAGGGGGCAGAAUUUGGAAGGGGAGGAUGCGUCGAGGGAGGGUUUUUUUUCCCAUAAAAAAAAAAGAAAUGUCUCAGUCACUGGCUUGUAGGAGGAAAAAAAACUCUCCUCGACAGAUAAAGUUUAGAUUAGUAAGAAAGAAUGAGACAGAGGCAUGGAAAAAGUUCUUUUAGGUUAACACCAGUCUAAAAUUGGUCUGCUCAUUUGUUUCUAUAGGAAAGGCAAAGAGGUGCCCCCAUCAUUCAAGCACUUCUUCAGCAGUGCCAUGUCUCUCAGCUCCAUCAACGUGUCAGGAACCAAGCUGCCACCAGAGGCCCUCAAGUAAGAGAUCAGUUCAUUCACAUUUAAUGUGUCUGAGGAAACACAAAACUUCAGGAACACCUAGAUUGAUAUUAAUGAAUCUGUGUAUCUACACUGACAUACAUAUUUUUAAAUGAUAUUUAUUGUGUAAUAAAAAAUAAUAUACAUACAGUAUAACAAUAUUCUUCCAGAGCUCUGCUGCUUGGCCUGGCCAGUAAUCUCAAUCUGAAGGAUGUUUCUAUAGACCUCAGCUGCUGUGAGGUAAGACACUCGCUAUACUUCGACUUUUCCUCAUGGAUCAUUUCAUGGAAGAAUAUCUUCAUGCAUUCUCAAUAUCUACAUCAAAACAUUUUCAGUUUUGCACUGCGGUGAUGUCUGUCAAGUUGUGUUCAAAGACGGCACACAUCAGGGAUCUCUUUCACAAUUUAUAACAAUUUGAAUAUUUACGAACACAUUGUUAAAAUUUUCAUGGAGCAACUGCAACGUUGAAGUAGCUCCCACAGCUUUAGUUUGACUAAAUGAAUGACACAGUGCUGCUGAUGAUAUUACAAGUAAAUCUGAUCUGAAAGUAGGCUGCCCAGUAUUAAGCGCAGCACUCUCAACUAUGGUAAGCUCUGUCAUGAAUAAUGAAAAGAGAACAACAAGUGGGGAUUUUUGGAGGCGUCUGAUUUAUCUUCUUGAUGAUAUGCCCCUCUUUUCCCUGUUUCUAGUCAUUAUAGCAUUUGUAUAAUAGCUCUCAUCAGCUUCAAAUUGAUGAAGUGAGGCAUUUAAUGGUUCCGAUGUUCAACUUGUUCAAUGCAAUCAGCUUUUUAGGAUCCACUCCAAAACCAUUUGACAGACCAGUGACACCAUUAAGAGGCUGUCUAAUGGAGCACUUGGCAGCAAGCAGGAAGGGUGGGUGGAUAAAACACAGAGGCGGGGGUGAUAGUUUUUGUCUCUGAUUGUUUCCUUACAGUCUUUACCCACAUACACACAGAAACACACACACACACCAGCUCCUUGCUUGCUUCAUCUCCAACCCUGCAUGAAAAGAGGACAGCUUGCUGCAAAUUGAAUGGGACUGCCAAAGAUGACACAUGAAUGCAAAUUACACAGGAAAUCCAAUGCAGAAGACAUGCGUAGAAAUGUCCCCAAACCGAGGCUGCAGAGAGAAAUCGUGCGUUCUGUCCCUCUUUUGAAGCCUUAAUGAACCGUUUGGUGGGAGCAACCCAGAACUAUGCACUGAGUGGGCUGACAGCAUGCUAGAUAAGGACAGUGUAUGACUCUUAAAGUGUGUGUGUGCAAAUGUGUGUGAACAGUGUGAUCAUUAAGCAUCUGCAUGUUUUGUUGCUGGUAAUUAUGAGCUUUGACGUGCUUUUUUUCUUCACUCUAAUGCUUCUGUUAGCUUGGCCAUUGUGUAAGUACCACUGAGCUCACUCUUAAUAAUUACCAUCCCAUGCCUCAUCACUUGGAUUUGCAUGUCUGUUUUGGCUGAUACUUGUAUUUUCUGCUUGCAAGGGUUCAUUUUUUCAUCAGUGUGUCAUAUGAAAUGGAAAAAUGUAACUAGAAGCAACAAUGUUUUGAAUGUUCUGUAUUGUUGUUUUUAGUUAUUUGUAUUUUUUCAUUACGAUGUUAGUCUUUUUCAACCAUAAGUCCUUCUUGCAUGUUUUCAUUAUAUGUUGUCCAUGCUGAGUUUCUGUGUUGGCUACAUUGCAGUUCUGUAGUUGAGCUGGUGUAUCAGUUAAUGUCGUCAGAUUUGGAAUACAGACCUAACUCCAUUGCAGUGACAAAAUAAACACAGUAUUGUAGGGCUGGGCGAUAUGGCCUCAAAUCAAUAUCACAAUAGAAGUUCACCUAGAUAACAAUAAAUGGACGAUAACUACUCCAGAAGCUGCUCACCCCCUCCCACAUUAACUUCACCUACUUCAGCUGCCGCUCCAGCCGCUACAACUUUUGAACCAUCCUCCAUCUCCUCACCUGUCUUUCCCUCUUUGUCACGGACUGGAUGGGGUGGAGUCACGUCUCCAACGUAGGACAGUGUCUUAAAGGAACAUAAGACCAUAGCCUACCUACACACAUCUAAAACAAACUUUUAUUUAUUUAUUUAUUUGACACCGAAUAUACUGACAUGGGCAAAAUGACUUUGACUAGUGUCGUAAAUUUUAGUAUCAGUAAAUUUUUGGUUUAUAGCCCAGACCUACAGUAUGGUCAAGUAACAGUCAGCCUGUCAGCGUAACGUCAGCAACCCACUCAAAUUCAAUACCUAUAGACCUUAUCUUUCCUUGUUGGGAUUUUCCAAUUUGAAAACAUCUCCGGUUAACCUUGCAUUUAGUUACUGUGAUAAAACCGAGUGACCCUGAAGAAUUAUUCUUUGCUGUUUAAAAACACAAGCUCAUAAUAAAUCUGCUGCGGUUGAGCAGGCUUAGCAUGUGGGAGAAUAGUUAAUUUCUGCUAAAUCAAGCUUACCUUGCAGAGUCAGAUGUACUACCAGUCACUCUUUUGAAGUGAUAUAUGGAGCAUUUUGGAUGCCACUGUUUCUACUUCAUUUAAUUGUUUCACAUGUUCUUAAUAUUUAUAGCGUCAUGUUUGCAAAAUGUGCUCUUCUGUCUUUCAGUUGCGGUCAGGAGGUUCUCAAAUCCUUGAAGGUUGUAUCGCAGAGAUCCCAAACAUCUCCAGUCUGGACAUCUCUGACAACGGUGGGGUGGAAGCUUAUGCCUAUCGUUGCAUAUAUUUACUAAAUUUGAUAAGGCUUGUCUUCAAAUUGAGCUAGACUUCAAUAUCUGCAAACACCUAGGUAGAUCAAUUUACAGAUUCCUAACCUAUUCUUCCACCUCCAGGCCUGGACUCAGAUCUGUCCACGCUGUUGGUGUGGCUAGCCAAGAACAGAUCCAUUAGACACCUCUCCAUGGGAAAAAACUUCAACAACAUCAAAUCCAAGUAAGUACACAGGAGGGCAGACCGCACAGCUGACGUGUACAGAGUGUGGCUGUGAGAGAAACCUAAGUGGUUAAGCCUCGGUUUGGGUUUGGUCGGGGAUAAGUGUGACUAAGCCUUGCCUUUUGUGAAUAACCAAAGACUGCAGAUGCAAGUGUAAAUUUAGAUGAACAGCACUGAUUUAGCCACAAAGCCAUGUGGCAGCAGUGUCUGUCCUUCUACAUGCAGUACAUAACAGAACUAGUGAAGGGAUCACAAUGACAGGAGAUUUAAAGAGGACAAAAUAGACUUUGAAUGUCUCUAUGUUGAGUUGUUUUUUUUAAAGAUGAUUGUGGUGCCUGUGAUUCAGAUGUUAUCCCUCUGACUUUCUCUUCUCUUACUUCUUAGAAACCUUGCCCCAGUGUUGGACAGCCUGGUCCACCUGAUUCAGGAAGAAGAGUCGGUGAGUUUUUAGUUUGCUUUCACUUUGUUGCUUUGACAAAUCCCUGAAUCACCACUCGCUGCUCUAAAACUGACCUCUGACCUCUCCAUUGUGGGCUUAUGUGAAUAUGAGUCUCCCCAGUGGUCUUUCAAGGAUCAGUAGUGUUUGCUCAUAUACUGGAAAGUGAAAACGCAUUAAGUAAGAUAAAAUACUGAAAUUUUGUGGUGGUCUGGUGAUAAUCAGCAGUUGUUUUGAGACUCUAAAAAUAAUCUUAAAUUGAUAUUUUCGCCUCUGCAUUCAAUUUACCAUGUAGAGAGAAGAAUCAUUAUUUUACUUCAAUAACCAUUAGCACUAUAUCAAAAUAAUGACUUUUUCUCCCACUUCAAACUAUCAAUUCACUUUCCCUUCCCUCAGUGUGCCUAACUAUCAUGGGAGCUGUAACCAGUUUUGCCCCACUGCCUGCCCUUCUUUGUCUCCUUCAGUGUCAGAUGUGCUAGAUUGACGGUUUGUCUGAGCUGCUCUGAGCUGGAUUGGUGUCAUGAUGCUUGUAGGCUUGAGGAUGAUGUAUAUCAGCUGGUUAUCUAACUGUGCAGGUGGGAAACAAAGAGAAAGAGAGAAGAGGGAGUAAGCUGAUGGAUGGGAGCUAGAAGAAGUGAUAGGAAAAGGUUAAAGGUGGGAGGUCAAAGGCUGAUCAGGAGCUCGCACAGGACAACUCAUCUUGGGAAGUGAAAUACGCACAUCAGUGUUGCUAUUGUGUGAGUGUUUCAGAGAGAGAAGUGGGUUGCCGGCUCUCUGCAAAACAACCAGAGCUUGUGUGUGGAAGCAGAUAAGAGAAAGCCUGAAGAGAAAUCAACUUCAAGUUGUCUUUAACAGACAUCUAUUUAUCUUUCGCCUGUAUAUUUAGAUACACACACUCACACGCAGACACAUUACAGUUACGCCUAUCCAGGUGGCACAUUUAGCCUGUUGUGUUUCUGUGUACUGGCGUGGUUCCAGGCUGUUAGACCUGAGAUACCUUCUGGCUGCGAGACUGUAAUCAGAUACACAAACUACACUAAAUUAGCGGGACAGUGAACAUCUGGCUUAUUAGAGAAAAAGAUGUGCUUUAACAGAAACCUAGCUAAGAGUGAGAUGAGACAUUACUCUGUCUCUAACCACUACUCGGUGUUCACUUGCACGAAACAGAAAUAGACAAAUAAAACAAUCAUUUUAUAAUUGGAGUGAUUAAUAAGGGCUGAAAAUCUGGCCCAGCCAAAGUCAUUUACUUCCUACAAAUACACACAAAUGUUGUAGAGUUUUCUUUUACUAUAGUUGCUUUUGCAAACAUGAUAUCUCCGUCUGUACCAGUUGGACUUUUUCAGGCACCUUUUUAAAAAAAUGUAUAUUCCAGUUGAGCCGCAAAAAAAACUGCUUGGCUACUGUGAUUUAGUGAUCUUGUUUCUGCUUUACAUCAAAGCAGAAGGAAUUAGCUUCCAUGUCCUCGGCCCAUAAACUUGUAUCUAUUUCAAUUUGCAUCUUUAAUGUCUGCUCUGUGCCCCGCAGGAGCGCAUGCAGGCAGUAAAAAAUUCUCCCUGCAUCUUCAGAUAAGACCCUGCCAUUAUAUCCAUUUGGAUUCUGCUCCACACACUAAUCAGCAAACAUACUUUAGUUUCCUCUCAAAGUUAUUUCAGUUAAAUCACGCUCCUUCAAAAGACAAUAACUCUUAUAGAGAUGCUUUUUCAUUUCAUAAAUUAUGCAUCAGUCUUCACUGUUAUUGACCCUUCUUUGCAAGACAAAGCAGACAGAGUCAUAAACUCUGGUUUAAUCUUUUGUUUCUUUGUCUUCAGUUUUUCCUUUCUUGUUGUUGGAUCUUUGUUGUACCAUAAAAGCGUAACAUCCCCUAUGUGGACCACCUAUUUCUGUCAUAUUUAGAUGUAGUUAUUCUGGACAUGCUGCGCAGGACGUCUUUUUAAUCUUGUGAUUUUCAUUUGGGAGAUUCAAGGAACACUUUUGUACCUUUUGCUUUCUUCAUGCUAAAUUACAGAGAAUUAAUCAAACAGUUUCAGAAAGAAAUAAGAAAAAAACUGUUCUAAGUCACCUAUGUUUGCUGCAGUACUGUAAGAAAAGAUAUCAGUAUUUAAUUGAAGAUAAUACCGCAGUACAAUGUAUUAUGUAGUAAUUGUAGUGUGUACUUACAGAUAAAGGUUUUAAAAUCUUGCUUUAGGCAAAUAAAACCAAGAGUGUUGUUUUACAGUCAAUCUAACCUCAUAAGGAAAUCACAGUAGCUACAUAAUCAGAACCUGAGAGCACAACUCUUGUCUGCCCAGGGACACAAAAAGCAUCAAUGCCGUCAGCACCUUCUCUUGGCCUCAGCAUGUUAAGUGGGAACAGCUCUGAGGAGUCUCCAGCUGUGUAAAUGACACACAUCACAGAGCGUCUCAGUGGUGCUGAACAGAUGGGCACUGCUGGACAUUUAUAAACCCUCAUAUCAGUCUCAUAUCACAAAAAAAUCCACUUGAUCCGGUGCUGAAUUUUUCAUUUUGCCUUGGGGAGUUUAGUAUGAUAAUACCUCUGACAUUUUGGUCUCUGUCAAGUCCGCUUGAUCCUUUGAUGAAUGUUUGAUUUGGAUUUGCUGUUUUUGGUUCUGCAGAAUCAUUGAGGUAUUACUUUGGCCCUGAAGGUCAACUGUACAAAUAUUUCAUAUCACAAAAAACAUUUCACUGAAUGCUUAAUCAUUCCAUCAAACACUGAGAGGUUUCAUUAAAAACAAAAUAAGUUCAUGUUAUUUUGGAGGGGUUACAAAUAAUUUUUCUGCUUCUCUACAUGUGUGUUUUACGGUCAGUCAAAUAUAUUUGCAUAAUUAAACUGUGUUUGGUCUCAUUAAUAUUCAAACUUUCAUGGGAUGAAAUGUUUUUGUAUUCAGGGAAAGGUUUUAUUCUUUUGUGAAAUAUUUGUUGUGGUUCUGAGAUAUGUGACUUUCAGAGCCACUGCAUAUUUUUGGGAUGUGUUUUUGCAUUUCAUUAAAUAUUUUGCUUCAGCUUCUGCAAUAUCUAUAAGGAAACCACUAUUUUUAAGAAACUCGAGAUUAAUUACUGGGUAACUUUAAUGGUUGAAACUGUAGACAGUGCUGAAUACUUACAGCUUUUGCACAGAAAUAAAGAUCAGAGUUUGUGAAGGAAAAAAACAUUGGUUAAAAAAUGAAUAUAAGACAAGAAAAAACUAAGCAGGUGAUGUACAUUGGUCGAGAAAUCAAGCUGGUCCUGCCCAGAAGAAUAUUAAUGUGCUUAUGCAGUAACGUUAAACCUCACAGGAAGAUUGUUUUUCACCUGUUGAUCUCAUGUUAUAAACUUUCUCUCAACAUCUAUCCUUUCCCCUUCCUCUCAUCCCACGUGUACCCUUCCUCCUCUAUCUCUGUCUCCCUUCCCCAGCCCCUCACCUCUCUGUCACUCGCAGACUCCCGACUAAAGACUGAUCUGACUAUAGUGUUGAACGCUCUCGGCAGCAACUCUUCGCUCACCAGGUUAGACAUCAGCGGGAACGCCAUGGGGGACAUGGGGGCCAAGAUGCUGGCCAAGGCACUUCAGAUCAACUCUAAACUCAGGUCAGUGGUCAAAGUUUGGGAUUUAUGACAAUCAUUUGUAAAUUUUCUGUACAUCUUUUUCUUUUGUCACACUGUCUGUGUUUCUCUGAGCAGGACUGUGAUCUGGGAUAAAAAUAACACCAGCCCUCAGGGUCUCCAGGAUGUAGCAGCCGCUCUUGAGAAGUAAGUGGCUGUAUCUGUACCUGACAGUGUCUGUGUGUGUGUGUGUGUAUGUGACUAUGCUGCUGGUACACAAACUAAUGGAUGAGUGGGGAGCUGUUGCAGCCCAGAUGUUAGUUAGCAAAGUGCUGAGCAGGAGGAAACCCCUGAGGUGUGUUUACAGGAGAAGUUGAGUAAAGAGGAUGAGAGGAAGGAAGGGGACUAGGAAGUGACAAACACAGGGAAUAAAACAAGAAGGUACAACAGCGGAAGAAAAAGAUGCUGAGGAUGAGUGGAUGAGAGAGCAGAGCAGGCAGAAAGUGCACUGACUGGAUGGAUGAUGUUUUUGACUAUUACCUGUGUUGUUAGUGGAUCUAAGUCUUUGAUAUUGUCCCUCAGUAUGAAGCUACAUAUGCACCUCCCUAACUACUUUUGGGACUCACCUGCACACACACCACUCUUCUCUCUCAUCCCCUCUGUCUGUUUAUCAUGCUCUCUAAGUAGCACGUCUUUUCAAAUCCCCUUUUAGUCUCUGUAAUGCAUUACUGAAUAACAUUUCUUUUGCACCUCUCUAUUCCCACAGCAGAGCAGCUGUGUGUGCAUGCAGGUACAUAAGAGAGAAAUGAAUCCAUCCUCCUUUCAAUCAAUUUCCUACAGUCUUCAGUAUUCUUCUUUUGUAAGGAGGUGUUUGAAAAUGUUUGACGUUUCGCUUCCUAAGAUGUUCUCUCAGACUCUCAAUACUCUCAAGAAAUGUGUGCAGGUUUCUGAGUGAAUAGAGAGGAUGCAAAAUCUCCUGUGUUUACCAGUACUCAAAAGGCUUCUCCAAGAUUACAGACACACCUGUACCUAUACUAACCCUAAAGUCAAACAAGGCGCACCUUAUAUACGUUUGAGAAUGUAGAGCAGGUCACAUAAAAAGUGUGUAUGAACAAACUGUUGAAAUUUAUAAAGAGUUAAUGUUUCAAGCAAAAUUAGCAAAUGUUUUGACUAAGUUCUCAUGUUUUGGCCUCCCUAUUGUACGUCUUAGCGCUGUUAAAUUACAGCUAAAUGAGGAGAAAUAAGUGUAAGGGAAAAUACUCAUUAGUUGCUUCUGUAAUUUCAAGCAUAUUUCAUAUGCUUAUAUAAACAUCAGCAUUCAUUUAGCUGUUGAAAUAAGAAAAACUGACCGUCUCAGCCUGAUGAUGGAGGGUGUAAUUUGUAAGGAAGUAAAGUGUGUACAGCAGAUCUGUGCGCUCCAGAGCUGAGGGAGAGAGAAAAGCAGCAGGGUUCCUCCAUGAGUUGAAUUACUGUUAUUAAUCGUACCACAUUGCCUGACAGCUCUUCACUGGUGCAUUUUUGUUUUAUCAUGAUACCAGCUCUGUCUGAGGAAAGAUGGAUUAAUUUAUUCUGGGGCUGAAAACCAUGAAAAUCUAAGCCUUCUGCCUUUCCCCCAAACAUCCUUAAUUCUAUAUCAGCAUGUCCACAGCUUUUUUUAUACCACCACACCCACGUUUUUCCCCGUUUUCCAUCUUGCUUUAUUCCCCACUGCUCUCUGUCAUUCUGUGACUAUUGUGAAUAUGAGUAUUGUGUUGUCAACCCUGAGUUAAUAAAAAUAAGACAUAUGAUAUAAAGCACAAAUUUACCAGAGGGUCAGUUCAUUCUGUACAUUUUCUAAAGCAACUAAAUUUUGUAUUUUGUGUUCGUAUUGCUGUAUUUUGUUCCUAAUAUUUCAAUUUACUUGCCGCGCUAUCUCACGCUUUAGAGCCACCAUGGAAGGAGAAGCAAGAUACUAUAGCUGAUAACCUGAUGUUAUUCAGCUGUUUGAAUAUUUGAAUAUCUCCACAUAAGACCCCCAAAUAACUGCACCUUAAUCCAUCUGUCAUAAUGGAACUUGCUUCAUUUGACUCGUCGCAUUACUUUGAAUGCAACAUGGGUCUGACAUUGACAUGUGACUGAUUUGCUGAUGUAACAGUUUACGAAAAAUAUAAAAAAAACAGCUCAACAAGGUCAGACCGCUAGUUCACAUCUUAACCUGUCAGGUUUUGUUCUCCGAGAAGCAGUCUUGGAAUCCAUCACUGGAGUUUUUGGUGAGGUUUGAAGCUCAGGGUGUAACGCUAAGAAUGAAAAGUACCAUAAGAAAACCAAAACUGCAGUAUUUGUGCAAUUUUUUUUGUUUUUUUUGUGAGUGUUAACGUGCUCAUACCUCAAAUAUUAUCUUUCUGUGCAGUAGGCCUGCGUCUACCCCCACAGCUCUGCCAGUUUAUCUCCCUCUGUGAUAUAAACAAUGAAUAAUGUCAUGUUUGGUUGUGUGUCCAUUAGGAACUUCACCAUUCGUUUCAUGCCCAUCCCCAUCAUCGAUGCUUCCCAGGCUCUGAAGGCCAGCCCGGAGAAAACCGAGGAUGCCUUACUAAGGGUACUUGAUGAAUCAUUUCAGUGUUGUCAGUCGACUGCUGUUUUAUCUUGUUUUUAUUCUUAUAACAUGAAAAUCAUGCUGAAUGUAAAAACUAAAUCAAACAGAAGAACUGAUUUAACUGAUGAUGGCUUUGGUUGAUUAAUGUGAUGAUGGAUUUUUUCCCCCCUUAGAUUGAGAAUUAUCUGUACAGAAACCAUGAAACCAGAAAAUACCUACAGGAGCAGGCGUAUCGACUGCAACAAGGCAUCGUUACCACAACUACACAGCAGGUGUGGUAACAAACAUUUUUUAUAAAUUAAAAAAAUGUAAAAUAAAAACAAAAACCUUAAGUCUGAUGUUGAUAAUUGAUUUUCAACCUCAGAGGAAAUGCUUAUCAGUUUGCUCUGGUGUUAGUCAAAAGUUUGAUGAACAGCUUCAGUUUGGUGAAUUUAGACCAAAUCUUUCUUGUCAUUGUCUUCCAGAUGAUCGACAGGAUUUGUGUGAAGGUGCAGGACCACCUAAACUCCCUGAGGAACUCGGAAACAGAUGCCAUCUUGGAGGACGUAAGGUCAGCAGAGAACCUCAUCAAAGACGCCAGAAACUCUAAAACGGUGAGAAGAGGCACAUUUGACAUAAGCCCUGCUGGUAUAUGAAUUUCUUUUUUAUCUACAGCAAUCAGUUCAUUAAAAGGUCAGACCUCCUUUACGUGAUUGUUUGUCUUCUUCACUUGGUCUCUUAGCUUCUUCCGAAUCUCUACCACUUGGGAUCAACAGCAAGAGAGGAGGUGAACGCCUCUACAGCAGGACCCAUCCAGGAGAAACUGGAGUCUAUGGCUGGGGAGGUGACCACUGUGAUGGACCAACAACUGCAGGUACAAUUAUGACUUAAACCUUUUACAUGGUUAAACAAGAUGGUUUAGUUAAGCUACACUGGAUUGUAGCCACCCCAAAAAAACACGUCUAAAUGAGUGUAAAAAAAGAAAUACCCUUGUUGAUCCAUUUUACAUUUUCAUCCCGCCAGACUCUGUUAGAGUCCAUGAUGGAUGCUGCAGAGUCCCUGUGCCCUCAUGUGUUGAAGAAGAGUAAUCUUCGUCCUGAGUUAAUGAAGGCCAGCUCAACUAAGAUGGUUGUACCCAAAAGCUUUGUGACCAAAACCCUCCUGGAGCAGUCUGGAGUGGAUAUCAUCAACAAGAUCAGGUUUGUUUGUGUGUCAGUAAGUGUUGAACUCAAUAGACUGAUGCUCUCCCGCCUGACCAUCACUCACUCUUUCCUUCUCUAACUCUCUCUGUCAGUGAGGUGAAGCUGAGUCUUGCCUCUUUCCUGUCUGAUCGCAUAGUGGAUGAGAUUUUGGAGGCUCUGUCCUCUUCCCAGCUCACUUUGGUAAGAUAUUCUUAGCUGCAACUUUAAAGUAAGCUUAUCAAAUUGUUGCUUUUCUACCUUUUAAAGCAAAAGUCUGGUCUUGUCAUCCUGUAAUUCCCCCCUCUUCUUAUCAACAUCCUCUCUUCCUUUUCCUUGCACCCACAUCAUCUUUCACAAACAUAUCUGCUCCUGGACUCCUCUCUUCUCUCCAGGCGGAUCACUUAGUGCGGCGAGGUCGCCCUUUGGUGCUGCAGGAGUCGGUGGAUCUGGACGUCCCAGAGGAGAAAAUUCCCAAACGAGCAUCGACUGAGCUCCUGGAGGCUGAGAGGCUGGAGGAUCUAGAGACAUGCAUGGUAGGAUUGGACCUCUAGCAUCUGUGUGUGUGUGUCUGUGUGUGUAUAGUUCAAGCCCAGUAGGUUCAGGUUCGACACAUACCUGGUGAUGUAGAGUGUUCAUGUUUAUGGUUCUCUCUUUUUUGACUGGAUAAGCAGUGAAAUUGAUCAAUUCAGUUGUAUCAGUAAGAUGAGCAAUGACACGAGGCUCAAUGAGUUAUGUAAUAAUUAGAAUUUUGUGCACUUAAGAUUUCUAUAAGAUGGAAGGGUUUUAAUUUAUAUAUUAGUGUGCAGCUCACGAGAAGAUGAAAACAAUUUAAUACAUUCAAGAAUAAAAAAAAACCUGUGGGAAGCCAUCGUCUUGAGAAGUUAGUUAGUUUUGUGUAAAUGUUUCGGUCUGAAUGAGGUGUGAACCUUUGUAACAUGUUUUCUGAGAAUCGAAGAUAGAUGUUGGUUGUAGGUGAAGAGCAUUAAUAUGCAGUAGUGUGUAUGACUUUAAAUGUACAUGAGCUGCAGAGGACAUGUUCCUCUGUGUCUGGUCGUGUCUUCUCCAUCAUUCCCUCUUUUCUACUGAUCUCUUCUUUCUUCUACUUUUCCUUCAAAUGAAGGGUUCAUGGCUUUCCCGGCUUUCUCUUUCAUUUUUGUCUUCUCUUUGUCUUACUGUGUGCUGUCUUUCUUCCUCUUCAAUCUCCUCCUCCUCUUUUCUGCCUUUUCUCUUUCCAUCUUUGCUUCAUGGAGACUUUUUGCUGCACCAGUGUGAGUACUUCUGGACUGUCCCUCUUUGCUCUGCUGUUCUCUCUCUUCAUCUGGCUGCUCAUUUCUCUGUGAUCCACUUCUCUCUGCUGCAGCUUUUCCAUAGCACCAGGACUGUUUUUAUUUGCAUUUCUGACAACUUCAAUUCUUUCAAAGAUGGUGUAGAAAGAUGUAGUAUGAUUAUAAAAAGAUUUCUUUAUGUAUCACUUAUUGACUUAUUCUCAGAUUUCUUUUACGCCAUCAAAGUCGGCAUUUAAAGUUGUUAAUUUUUCUUGACAUUACACUGCUUGUCACCACUCAGCACACACCUGAAUAAAAUGUGCUUUAUGGUACGAUUUUCUUUUGUCCAAACAGCCUCUACUCAACUCAUUAAACACAUUUCAUGCAUAAAAGCAUGCAGACCAAAGUGCUUCACAACAAAGAGAACAGCGGCACAGACUAGAAUAAACAGCUAAAAAGCAAAAGAGUAAAGAGAAGAGAAGAGAAGUCAACCUGAUGAUGCAAUAUACUAAAUACCAUGUGUGUGGAUGCUGCUGUGUUUUCUCUUUCCUGAUAUACAAAACAGUUUGAUUUGUUCAGUUAGUAUUAAACAAUAGAAAGUGGCAGUCAUAUGGACAGAUAUGUGCUUAAUUGUGACUAUUAAAUCUAAACAGUCAUCUGCCCCUCUUCCAGAUGACCCCUAAAUCCAAGAGAAAGAGUAUUCACAGCAGAAUGCUCCGGCCUGUGUCUCGUGCCUUUGGUAAGCAGUUUCAAACACGUUUUGGUCAAAUUUUAUUUCAUGUUUCUUCUAAACAAUAAAUAUUGAAUUAUGUUUUCUCUUAACUGUAGGUUUAUAAUUUUAAAUUUUAGGAAUACUUCUCUGAUAUCAAUGUUUUUUAGACUUAAUGACAGGUAAGAGUACCCCUCCGUCCACUUACAAGUGUUGGAAUUUCUGUUCAUCCUGCAGAGAUGGAGUUUGACCUGGACAAAGCCCUGGAGGAUGUCCCUAUCCAUAUGGAGGACGCCUUGUCUCGAACUCCCCCUACCCCCUCUCAAAACCUGCCAAAACUGGAGCAACGUACAUCAGGAGUGAUGGUGGAACUGCCAUCCGAGGAGGAAAAGAAGCUCCAGCAUUUCACUAAACUGCGACCUCGAAGAAACAAGAAAAUGCACUCCAGCAAAGUACCUGUGAGUAAAACUUCUGCAGAUCUCUCAGGUUCAAUUAAAAAUAUUUGUAUAUACUUGUUGAAGCUGUAACGUGAGUUCUCACUUUCUUCAGCAAAUAAACAUGGCUCCAUCUCAGGAUGGGGAGCAGAAUGGUCUGAUGGGAAGGGUGGAUGAAGGUGUGGAUGAGUUCUUCUCCACAAAAGUCACCAGGAUGGAUUCCAAGUAAGGAUUUUUCUGUACUGUAUUCUUGUCAUGAUUUGUUAAAUGUUUUCCUGUACUCAUUAAAGUUUUCUCUCACUAAAUGUUCAUUGCACUCAUAUUUUUAAUCUCUCUGUCCUCCCGCUCCACUCAGACGUUCCCUGAAGAGUUCAGAAUCUCAGGAUGGAGAGAAGAAGAAAAGUAAAGGAGGGUUCCUCAACCUCAUCAAACGUUCCUCCAAAUCAGACAAAUCAGAUAAGUCUGAGAAAAACCAGCCGCCUCCUUCAUCCACUGUAGCAUCAACACCAGCUCCCACAAUCCCCGAGGAGCCCUCCUCACCAAAGGUGGCCAUCAAGAGCCCAGCCCCUGAGCCAAAGUCAAGGUACCAAUUGACGAAAAGCACUAUUUCUCUGUUGUAGAGCAUUUUCAUUUACCUUUAAAUUUUCAGUGUAGUAGCCCUUUAAAAAGUUCAUGUGUUCACUGCAGAGACGCCUCUAGCCGCUCACAGCCCACAGACUACAGCAGCAGCUCUGACCGCUCUGAGGAGCUGAGGACACCUGACUCCAUCGACGAGCCCUGGGAAACUUCAGAUGGACGAGGGAGUCCUCAGGGAGGCAGGCGGUACCCAGGACUGCAGAUGAUGGGAAGUGGUUUAUUGGCAGAGAUGAAGGCUAAGCAGGAGAGGAGAGCUCACAAGGUGAGAAUCAUCAAAAAAGUACUCAGAGAUGCCAAGAAAGAAGGGGAAUUAUAUAAAUUUUGCCCAAAAUAAACUUGAAGGACAGACUUUCAAACAUGUAAUGCAGAAUAACCUGCAACUUUAGCACCAGUUCCUAAUUUUCAGCAUAAUUAUUCCUUUAUGAGGUUAGUCGAACUUUCUAACUUCACUCAAAGCCUGUUAGCAUGAGCUGUAGGUCAGUGUAUCAAAUGCACUAGGUGUUAGAAAAGUCAGAGGAUCUUGGGCUAACAGAGAUUGAUCAGUUACAAAGUUCUGCUUCAUGUGCUUUCAAAACAAAAAUACAAUAACAUGGCAGAAAAGAAGAAGAGCAGCAGAAAGUACCAAACUUACAUUAAUGCAUUACUUUCAUGAGAGUUGACUGUUGAGUUUGUUUUAAAGUGUAGACUUUGUUGGUGUCAUACACACGUGGACAAAAUUGUUGGUACCCCUCAGUUAAAGAAGGAAAAACCCACAAUUCUCACUGAAAUCACUUGAAACCUACAAAAGUAACAAUAAAUAAAAAUUUCAUUGAAAAUUAAAUAAUCAAAAUCAGCCAUUACGUUUGAAAUGUUGAUUAACAUAAUUAUUUAAAAAAAAAAAACUAAUGAAAUAGGGCUGGACAAAAAUGAUGGUACCUCUAUAAAAGAUUGAAAACUAUUUGACCAGAGUGACAUGAUUAACUCAGGUGUGUCCUUUAAUUGACAUCACAGGUGUUUCCAAACUCAUAAUCAGUCAGUCUGCCUAUUUAAAGGGAGACAAGUAGUCACUCUGCUGUUUGGUGAAAAGGUGUGUACCACACUGAACAUGGACAACAGAAAGCGAAGGAGAGAAUUGUCCCAGGACAUCCGAAAAAAAAUUAUAGACAAACAUCUUAAAGGUGCAGGCUAUAAGACCAUCUCUAAACAGCUUGAAGUUCCUGUGACAACAGUGGCUCAUAUUAUUCAGAAGUUCAAGACCCACGGGACAGUAGCCAACCUCCCUGGACGUGGCCGCAAGAGGAAAAUUGAUGACAGAUUGAAGAGACAGAUCGUUCGAAUUGUAUCCAAAGAGCCCAGGACAACCUCCAAAGAAAUUAAAGGUGAACUCCAAGGCCAAGGUACAUCAGUGUCAGAUCGCACCAUUCGUCGUUGUUUGAGCCAAAGUGGACUUCAUGGGAGACGACCAAGGAGGACACCACUGCUGAAAAAAAAUCAUAAAAAAGCGAGACUGGAAUUUGCAAAAAUGCAUGUUGACAAGCCACAAAGCUUCUGGGGGAAUGUCCUUUGGACAGAUGAGACCAAACUGGAGCUUUUUGGUAAGGCACAUCAACUCUAUGUUCAUAGACUCAAAAACCAAGCAUACGAAGAAAAGAACACUGUCCCUACGGUGAAACAUGGAGGAGGCUCAGCAAUGUUUGGGGCUGCUUUGCUGCAUCUGGCACAGGGUGUCUUGAAUGUGUGCAAGGUAAAAUGAAAUCUGACGACUAUCAAGGCAUUCAGGAGAGAAAUGUGCUGCCUAGUGUCAGAAAGCUUGGUCUCAGUCGCAGGUCAUGGGUCUUCCAACAGGACAACGAUCCAAAACACACAGCCAAAAACACCCAAGAAUGGCUGAGAGAAAAGCGUUGGACUAUUCUAAAGUGGCCUUCCAUGAGCCCAGAUCUGAAUCCCAUUGAACAUCUGUGGAAGGAGCUGAAACAUGCCAUUUGGAGAAGACACCCAUCAAACCUGAGACAACUGGAGCAGUUUGCUCAUGAGGAGUGGGCCAAAAUACCUGUUGACAGCUGCAGAACGCUCAUUGACAAAUACAGAAAUCGUUUAAUUGCAGUGAUUGCCUCAAAAGGUUGUGCAACAAAAUAUUAAGUUAUGGGUACCAUCAUUUUUGUCCAGCCCUAUUUCAUUAGUUUGUUUUUUUUAAAUAAUUAUGUUAAUCAACAAUUCAAAAGUAAUGGCUGAUUUUGAUUAUUUAAUUUUCAAUAAAUUUUUAUUUAUUGUUACUUUUGUAGGUUUCAAGUGAUUUCAGUGAGAAUUGUGGGUUUUUCCUUCUUUAACUGAGGGGUACCAACAAUUUUGUCCACGUGUGUAUUAAAGACAAGCCGACUUAGAUGUAGGAAAUGUAGAAAAGCAGAGUUUGGAGUUGAACUUGGUUAACUUUUUUCUGAUGGGGACAAAAUAAAAUUACAGUUAAAGGUACGUGCAAAAAUAAGGCUGCAUGACGGGUGGGGAAGAUGGGACAUUUUCGAUUUUGUUUUGGCCACAAGGCACAUGAAGUGCUCACGCUCAUCCUUUCAAGACUUUGAUGUUCAACAUUUCUAUCCGGAGGAACACAAAAUAAGGAUCCCACACACGCGAACGCACAAACAUAGAAACUUUUUUAUAUCUGCGGGCUAGUUGUUGCACCUGUCAACAUGUUGACAUAAAAAAACAACCUAAAUUUUCUGCCAUAUGACAGGGUGAGGGGGAGGAGAGGGGGAGCAAGUGGGAAGUGCAGAGAGGAGAGAUGAAAGCAUGAAGGGAAAACGGACAGAAGCAGGCUGAUAUGUAAAUUCCUGUCAUGGCUCACAGCAGGGAGCAUGAGUGUGUGUGGAAUAUUUCUCUUAAUAUGAAUCCCCAAACGGACCAAAGUCCGCUCUCUUCCUACAUAUUCUCUGCUGUUUCUUUCACAUUUCUACUUGUCCUCAUAAACUGCUUUUAUUGAUUAUAAUGACAUUCCACAGAGUCGAGGAGAAAACUGUUCCUGCUCUGUGUGUUCAUUUAUGCAUCUGUGAAGCUUGAGUUGGUGUUAACACCUGCUAGUGUGAGCUCACAAGAUUUCCCUGUCAAGGAUUUUGGCUGAAAACUGUUUUGGUGUGUGUUUGGUGUUGAUGUGCUUCUACUGUAAGAGGGUUAUGGUGUUUGAGCAUUAGGGGUGUUUCUGACGUUGUAUCAGUGAAACGAAAGCUUCUCCUGCCAUCUGCCUGUUCUGGCCGGCUUACAGGUGUGUGUGUGUGUGUGUGUGUGUGUGUGUGUGUGUGUGUGUGUGUGUGUGUGUGUGUGUGUGUGUGUGUGUGUGGAGGUGAAAUGGUCAGCCAUUCAGCAGCCAGGUCUUGGAAGGACAGCUUGUGAUCUUAAUCCUCAGUGUUUUUAACACUAAGGCGCCCCCUUCUGUUGAACUUUGAUUCUGCAGUGUUAUGUAGGAUCAGUACCACAGACUAACACCUGUCAGUUUAAAAACAAACCUGAAUCUAACACAAUGACUGAAGUUUAAGACAAUUUAUUACAUUUUGUUGUGUGUUCAAACCCGUGGUAUUUGUGAUUUUUGUCAUGUAAAAGGAGUAUGGUGGUUUUUUUAUUCAGAGUUAGAGUUGCUGAAGAUUUUCUUAAAUUUAAACAAUAAAACAUUGUGUCUCUGUGUCUUCUCCAGUCUUCCAGCCCUGACAGGCCUGACAGCAAUGCAACAGGUAGGCUUUGGAUUUAAUCAAUACAAAAAAGUGUGUUAGAGAGGCUUAAGUAGUUUGAAGCCAACUGUUAAUGAUGAAUAUAGACCUGCAGGGGGCGGCAUUGUUACUUGACUGUUCUUAAUCAAGGGUCUGAGUUCAUAUUAAAAAGUGAUGGUAUGAAAGCAUAAUUAUUCAAACAUAUUCAUGUCCGUCUGUGUUGCAUAAACAGCCAAGCCCCAGCCCGCCACGUUAGAAAGCAGGUCUCCUGGUGGGUCAAUUAAUAAACCCGACCCCCCGACUGGAUCGCCAGAGAAAACCCCUCCUCGUGUUGAGACCAAGCCUGAGCCAGCUCCUCGACUCAGGGCGACAUCUUCGUCAAGUUCCCCUAGUGGACCAGUGAGUCCAAAACCACCAGUGCCACAGGGGGCAAAGCCUGCUCUGGCUGCUCGACCCACUAUCGCUCAGAAACCAAGGAGCACCAGCAGCAGCAGCUCCAGGAGCAUAGGUAGAGUCCAAUCGUUAGAGGAUACAGAUAGUGUAGGAUAUUGGUUAGAUAUACUGUAUAAGCAAUAUGCAGUAUUUUAGAUUAAACAUUAUUAUGUAUGUUAAGUAUAGUUGUUUGUUUCCUGCUGGCAGAUGAGGGUCCAGACUCUUCGAGCAGCGGCAGUGUGUCACCAAAAGCCACAACUCUUCCUCCCACGCUGAAGAGGAUACAGUCAGACAAGGAGAAGGAUGGACAGACAAGUCUACAGUCAGCAAACAAAACCACUCAGGAUGGUGGGUCUGCUGAUAAAACAGUUUUCUACUGCAGAGAAAUUUCCACUACACAUAUAAGCAGUCACCUUUUUAUACCUUUUUACCUGAAAUCUGUCCUUAAGCCAGUUUUCUCCACUAUACAGAUGUCUGUAUCUGAUGAAAGGGUUUCCCUCGUGUUUGCUUUUUUCCCCAUGGCGGCAGACUGUCUGUCUGCACUUACAAUAUGAGACACUGAUAGAUUCAGGUCACACUCCUUUCAUCCCUUAAAACUAAUAUAUUAUGUAACAGCCUGUCUGGCAGCUGUGAGAUCAUUUUUAUUACACUUCAUCUUCCUUUUUUUUUCAUACUGUGAACAGCCACCUUUUAGUGUUUGUUUGAGUGUAAUAUUUGCUCCCUUGCACAUUUAAAUUAUUUUUAUUCUUUUCUUUUGUUUGUUUGAUUGUUUUACAUACCCUUAUUUUCCAGAAACGGACACUAAACUUUUGACUCUACGAUAAGAUGAUACUUUUUUUUUUAUGAGAAUGAAGACAAACUAGCACAUUUCCCUCCCCCCUGAUCAAAGCAAUGCGUACCUCUCAACAGGAAAUCAAGAGCCAUUUAGUGGGAGUAGAAACAGGAGAAUGUUCGAUUGGCUCUAUUCAUGUUGGAGAUGAUUGAGUAGUCUCAAAUGAUAGUGUGGAGUAGCACCUAUAUGAAUAGUUACUCUACUCAUCAAAGACAGAUCAGACAACGUUUCCACCACAGUGAUAGCUAUCUGCAUAUGCUCAUACACUGCUUUCAUAUCAUGAAGGGUUGUGCCGUAUGUAUCCUGCCAAGGUUGCAGAGCAGCUCCUUAGUCUUGUGAAGCUGCUCUUUUGAUCUUUGCUGAUUUGCUGAGAUGUUACUGGGAAUUCAAAGAUGAGACCUCCUGUUUGAUUUUCUAUAUUCAAAUUAAGUUAGAGGAUGAACUAGUGCUGCAAUCUGGCCAAAGCUGCUCUUAAACCUUUAAUGCCUUUUGUAUCAUAUUUGAUACAUACUUUUAUGAUACUCCUUUCAAAUCAAUAUGAUCAACAAAUGACUGAAAAAAACACCUGAAUACAAUCCGAUAUAUAUAUAGAUAUAUAUAUAUAUAUAUGUUAAAUUUUAAGGACAUUUUAAAUUUUUUUAGGUUUUCAGUAGUAAGUGAAAUAAACAUUUCAGCUCCAAAAGAAAUUGAAUUUUCUGGCCAUAAUUUGUGGUUUCAGGCAUUAAGCAUUUUUCCAAAUAUUGCAAACUCUUAAAAAAAAAAAAAAACACUUUCUUUUUCUUAAUCUCCUCUUCCCCCUGUUCUGUUUCUAGUGAGAGCGGGGUCUGUGUCAGACUCUGUCCAGAGACCCAGCCUUUUCCGUACCAACUCUGAGGAUCACGGCUCCCUCAAGACCAAGGACCAAUCGCCAAACCGAGACAAGGAGAAGUCAGCAAGCAAGAAGUUAUCAGACUCUGGGGAGGAGGCAGACAAAGACUUUAUUUUGAUAUGAGGGGGGAAAAAUGAGUGGACAAGCCUCGCAUGUUUUUCUUAUUUAGAUUGACUCGAGGGGAAAUUAAUCAACAUGUUUUCAUUUAUAUAAGAGGUUUGUCUCAUCAGGUCAGGAUGUACUAGUCGAACUUGGUUUGAAAAAAGGACCUGCUGUAGAAUCAGGUAAUAUUUAGUCACAAAUGAAAGUUAAUUUGGUUGUUUAUGAUGGAAUUCUUGAUUUAUAGUCAAUAACAUGCCACUAAGUAGACCAAACCUAAGAGCUUCCUUCUCACUAACAGCCUUUAGUAACUGCUGCAAGGUAAAACCAUCACAUCUCUAACAUUAAAACGUUUUGGAGGAUUUGAGGGAAAGAGUGGAUGACGUAUUGAGCUGAGUUAUAAUAAGUUUAUUUAAACCUUGUAAAAAACAAAAAAGGACAUGAUGCAUUCAGGAAAUAGCAGCCUUUUUGUGCUUAUGACAGGGAGAGAGACUGUGAAAAAUGAGAGUAAAUCUAAAAUCACUUAUUAUUUUAUGUUUUGUAGCUGUUAGUUUCAGUAGCUAGUUCCCCAGGGACCAAACAUACACAGAACAAUAAAACCAAGAUCACUGUACUGUACUUGGACUCAAACCUGACCAAGACUCAAUGCCAUACUGAUCCUUCUCAAUAUAUUUGUAUAGAUUUUUACAUUUUCUAUUUUCAGCAUGUGCACCUUUCCUGUAGACUUCCUACAGAUAGUCUAAACCCAUUAUGCAAUUUAUCUUUGGUUUUCAGGAAAAUACAGGUUCAGCUGAGACUUUCAGCCCAUUAUAAAUCACACAUGGACAUUCAAUGUAGCUUUCCUGACAGUCAAACUGCAGGUCAAUUUGAGGAGACUAACUGGACUGAAAACUGGACUUAUGACCGUCGUCAAGCAGCCUGACAGGACUCACGUUGUCCUCUGUGUGGGAGUUGGAGUGACCAUAUGAAGUGUAGCUUUUGAGAGGACUGUAGUACAAAAGAUAAUCAAUAAGGCUCCAGCACUGUUAACUAACACUGUCUGUGUUAUAUCUUGUAAAAAACCUUUAACUGCAGACAGUUUUAUUGACCCUGCCUGUUGCUAUGUGGUGUAUCUGUCUGUCAAAGAGAAAUGCCAAGUGCCAACACUGACAAAAGGAAAAGGAAAAAUUAACCCAUAGAGCAUUACAAUAACUGCUGCUGGAGACAGACAGACAGACAGACAGCUUCUUCUUCUGCAUGUGUUGAUGUUCCUCUGGUGUACGAAUGGUCCUGUGAAGGCAGAGAACAGAUUCAAAAAUAGGAAUGUCAGCUGAAAGGUCAUUCACUUUCCAUUUCGAUCUGAUCCAGAAUCUGACAUAAACCUCUUCAGUCUGGUCUUUGUGUGAAAGCAGGACACUGAGGGAACUCUAGCCUUCAGCUCAGCCAUCAGACUUCACAUUCAGAGUUUUUGAAUCUAGUUCACCUUCGCUCCAUCCUGUGUUGAAUGGCAUUUAUUGAAAAUUCAGACUAUUAACGAUCUUUCUGAAAAAUUAAGCAUGAAUGCAGGACCUGAAGGGAAAGUGAACUGAGGGGAGCUAUUUACCGUGAGGUGCAACAGUCCAGGUCUCAGGCCAACUCCUCUUGUCUUUUUCUUUUGAAACACAUUUUGCCCUUUUCACACUGCUGCAAAUCACUCACCAGAAUCUGAAUUAUCUAUAUUUGAAAUCGUAUUAACAUUAGUAAUAACAACAUCAACAUAAGUGGAAUCACAUCGUCUAUUUCAGCAUUAACUUCAAACCUGGACUGAACCUUCUUUGAACAUGCAGUGGGAAAAGGGCACACAUUGAAUUUAACUUUACUGUCUGUAUAAGAGUCUUACUAAAGUCAGGGCCAAAGGUCUCACCGGUGCAUCUUUUCUAUGGUCUCACUCAUUGUCUUUUGUAUAAUUAUAAAAACAUGUUGCUCUUUUGUCACUAAUAACAGCUUGGGAAUAACACUUUUCUCCUGUAUAUAGUCACUCUCUCUUUGAUGUCAGCAGCUUUGGUUUUCUGUCGCAGUCUCAAACGUCGGACGUUAAUCAUCGUUCCAGGACACAGAAAAUUCAAACACUUACACAAGGUGCUGCACUCUGAUGACUGUUCUGUCCUGGUUUAGGGAAAUAACACAUUGUGGACAUGUUUUUCUCCAUUUUAGGGUUUCAGAAGCAGCUGGCUGUGUUUCUGUCAUGAUGUUUGAAAGACUGAUGUUGAUGAUUUCCUGUUUUAGCCUGAAAAUGAGCGUCCACUUCCUUUCUGUAGGUGCACGGAGCGGAUAAAGUGAAAAUAACCAGUCUAGACCCCUGAGUCUACAUGUAUGUGUGUGACUGCAUGAUGUCAGUUGUACUGUAUGUAUAUAUGUGCUUUCAUACACAUAGUAGUGUGCGUGUGUAUAUAUAUAUGUAUGUGUAUUAUACACAUGUAACAUUCACACUGUGACUAAUCACACGCCUAUGUGAGGACAGCAUAUCCUACGUAUAAUGUUUUUGUACUAAGUACACUACUAUACUAGGAGUUUGUUUGUAACUUAUUUGGAAUAAAACUGCAGCCAGUGAUGUCUCGAUUUCUAUUGUUUCUCCUCUCACAUGUACAUUGUGUUCAUAAAUGUAGAAAUUAAUGAUUUGUAUGUAUUAAUUUGUUAUUACAUGUAAUCAAUUUAAUGUUAUUUUCAUCAUGAUUUAUAAAAAAAAGAAACAUGAUGCAAAGCAAUGACUGUUUUCCUUGAGCCAGAAGAAGAAAAAAAUCAAAUGACAUGCUCAUUAUUAGUUCUGUUUUUGUCACGAUCAAUAUGUUUCUGCUGGUGUUUGACAUUUCUUCAUGUAGAUAUCAAUAUUGAUUAAAAUAAUUUUACAGGCUUCAAAA